ACCGGCGUCGCAAGCAACCCCGAUAGCGAGAGCAUUGGCCGGCCGGGAAAAAUCUCCGGGAUGCUCUCGCCAGUCCGUGCACAGGACCAUCCACCGCGUCCCCAACCAGCCGAGUUUCCUCCCCUGGUCGCCAGCAGGCAUCCCUGCGAAACUGCCUUUCCGGCUUCGCUUUUGCUCCUCCUCUUAACUUUUCUCUUCCGGUGCGCGUGGUUUCCCACAAUUUCCCCCCCACCCGUCUAGAUCUGGGCUGCUCAGCCGGUGCCUGAAGUCUUGGAGCGAGGAAGCGACUAUUUCCAGGUAAGUCUCACGCUUUUGUUUGCAAAAAAGAGACAUGCAUAUCAGGGGCGGACUCAAACGGGGGGCGGCGGCAGGGCGAGGCAGCUCUCCUAAAUCAAUAAAAGUCAAUAAAAAUACAUAGCUAACGGAGGUUCUACCCUCCCCGCGCAACAAAAGGCCAGCACCUUCCCCCACCCCCAACAAAAACCCUGGCUGCGCCCCUGAUGGAUAUGCGGUGCUCUCGGAUCUCGGCUGCGGUCUAGCUGCUUUCUGCUUGGAAAGAGGCGACCCAUGCGUUUCAUAGACGGGUUUCUUUUCUUGCUCCCUGGAAUGCUUUAGGAAUAGAGCCGCUCAGCUCAUAGUUAAGGAUUUUGGUCCUGCUCAUCCCCUCCUCUGCUGCGGAUUGAGGCCAGAAGCACAUUCAGACGUGCAUGGGGGUGACCCGUAAACUACAACUAAUCCAGAAUGUGGCAGCUAGACUGGUGACUGGGGGCGGCCGCUGAGACCACAUAACACCGGUCUUGAAAGACCUACAUUGGCUCCCAGUAUGCUUCCGAGCACAAUUCAAAGUGUUGGUGUUGACCUUUAAAGCCCUACCUGAAGGAGCGUCUCCACCCCCAUCGUUCUGCCCGGACGCUGAGGUCCAGCAGCGAGUGCCUUCUGGCGGUUCCCUCACUGCGAGAAGCAAAGCUACAGGGAACCAGGCAGAGGGCCUUCUUGGUAGUGGCGCCCGCCUUGUGGAAAGCCCUCCCAUCAGAUGUCAAAGAGAUAAACAACUACCUGACAUUUAGAAGACAUCUGAAGGCAGCCCUGUUUAGGGAAGUUUUUAAUGUGUGACAUUUUAAUGUAUUCUUAAUCUUUGUUGGAAGCCGCCCAGAGUGGCUGGGGAAACCCAGCCAGAUGGGCAGGGUACAAAUAAAUUAUUAUUAUUAUUAUUAUUAUUAAUUUAUCUGAAAUAACUGGGAAUGAAUAGCCCCUCCCUGGGAAGUUGACGCGGAAUGAUGGCGCCGUGGUGAGAAUUCUUUGGGACAUCCGUGGUGCACAGUCUUUUAAUUUCCCUUUUUGGUUUCUUUUCAGAGAUAGACAAUGUCUUUCCAUUCCGGGCGAGGGGGCUGCCCCCGCAGCCGAGGAGGAGCCGCGGCGCGAACUUCGACUCCGACUUUCCGCCCCCAGAAUUUGAGGCAGCUCCACCCUCAGCAGCAGCCUUCAGCUCAGUAUCAGUACGACCAGCCGACGGUGACCACGGCGGCUUACGCAAGCCCUCCCACCACAAGCUACAUGCCUUCCAGGCCCGAUUUUGUCCCGUACCCGCCGCCCAUGCCCCCGUCGCCGCAGAGCGCCAUCUCCCAGUGUCCCCUGAGGCCGCCUUUCACGGGCCACCAGGUCAAGCAGACCUUCCCUCUCCCUCCUUGCUUUCCGCCGACUCCGCCCCCCGCCCCCAGUCCCGGAAACCCUUCCGUUUCGACCAGUGCGGCGGGACAGAACGCGUUUCCUUACAUGAUGCCUCCUCCGUCGGUUCCACAUCCUCUGCCGCCUCCGAUUAUGCCUCAGCCGAUUAAUUACCAGCCCAUGUACUCCCCUUCCUACUCACAGCAGUCCUUCCCCCCUCCGAAUUUCAACAGCUACCCACACAAUGCAAACUCUUACCAGGGUGGCGGUGGCGGCAACAACGCCAACAGUGGCGGCAGCAACAACAACAGUGGCAAUUUCCGCAACCCUAGUCAGUAUCCGAUCGAGAAGUCCCAGCCUGAACGGAGGUCUCCGGAGCGAAGUAAACACUAUGAGGAGCAUCGCCACCGGGACCACGGGCACGGGGAGAGGCACCGCUCCACCAAUCACGGCGAUCGGCGGGAUCGAGGGAGGAGCCCUGACAGGCGGCGGCAAGAAAGCAGUCGGCACCGGUCGGAUUACGUCAGGGGGCGGACGCCCCCCCGUCCCAGAAGUUAUGAAUGGUACAGGUCAGCCAGUUGGACUCUUGCCAGGAGGCCAGGUUUGGUAGGGUGUGUUCGGCCGUGGAGGCAAUUCUUUCGACGGGAAACGGUUGGCCCGUAGUUGCGAACCGAGCUUUGUUGCUUAGCCGAAAUUGCGCUCCAGGUUUCCCCGUCAAGUCCCAACAUUCACUUCCGGCACACCCCUCUCGUGUGCAUAUAGAGAAGGGUUCCAAAAAUUAUUCUCAUGAGCAAGAAGAGUUGUCUGUCUAUAGCAGGGGUGCCCAACCUUUUUUCAAAGAGGGCCAGAUUUGAUGAAGUGAAUGUGCGUGAGGGCCGACCAAAGUUGUCAAGCUUUUUUCAGAAUUGAAUUUGUUGAGCUUUUGUUAGGGUUAGGCUGGGAGGCCGAAUUAGGCCCCCAGAAUGGACUUUGGACAUUCCUGAUCUAUAGGUUUACUCAUGGUUUGUAUUGUAUUACGCAGUCCAGCUGGUGUAUUAUUCGGUUGGAAAUCGGAAGUCAAGAGAUUGCCUUCCCUUUAGAAAAAUAAGAAUAGUCCUGCUUCCAGCCAGUGCUUUUUUCUACAGAAAGAGGUGCGGGAACUCCCCCUUUUUUUUGACAGACAACCCUAAGUUGUUGACCUUUUUUAUGGGGGAGCCAAAGUUGUUUUAGGGGGGAAACAACACUUUUUUGGGGGGUGGGACAAUGCUUCUCCGCCUGAACAGCAUUGGCUGGUACACUACAAAGAGGUCCCGGAACACACCAAAGAGUUAAUGGAACUCAGUUUCGGUGAGUUCUGGCUGAAAAAAGGCCCUGCUUCCAGCUACCAUGAGUUUGGCUGUUGGAUAUAAAAUGCUUAGCUGGAAUUUUGUGCUAUAUGUAGCAUCACUUGACUAGAAUUGAGCUACGGCAUUCUUUUGGUCUUAAUAUUUUUAUUGAAAAGGUUUCAAUUAUAAAGAAAUAAAUGGAUGCAAAGAAAAAGAUUUAAAAAGUAAAAAUAAAAAGGCAUAAAAAUGUGUAGAAAGAAACAAUAUACGAGUAUUGGCAAUAGAUGAAAAAUACCCUACCUCAUACAUUCUUCAAUAAAUUUGAUUAUAUUAUCAUAAUACAUAUAUAAAUACAAAUAGUCUACUGCAUUUUGUAUGAACUCAUUCCAAAUAUGGUCAAAUGUGUACAAAGUCUUUGUCUGCAAGCAGUCUGUUCAUAAGUUGCAAAUGCUAUCAUAUUGUUAACCUAUUUAUUAAAGGGGGUCAUAUCUUUGUUCUUCCCGUUCAUCAAUAGAGCACAUAGAAUCCCAUUUUUGUUGUCCAGUUGUUAACUUCCAAUACAAUAGGUAUAUAGUUCAGAAGAAUAUUCUCCGCUGAAAAUUUUAGCUUUUUUAGGAUGCUCUUAAUUGAGAAUGAAUAGUUCGUUUCACAUGUUUGCCUUAAGUCUCCUGCCUUUUUCUGUGGUCUCUUUCAAAUGUGAGCAUGUUUGAAGGAGCUCCCUUUACCUGUGGGAAAUCCUUUGAUGAUCCCUUGUGACUGGCUUGAGAAAUAAUACCACUUUUCAGCUUGUUUCAUUAUAAACAUCACUUGUCCAGGGCCAGCCCUACUAUUAAACAGACUGAGGAGGCCUCCUCAACUUGCCCUUUGCCUCGGGCAGCAAAAUGCCUUGAAGGGGCCUGACCUUGUCUGAGUCAAAUGCGUUGAUUGUUGCUUCUUGUGAAAUUGUUUCAUUGAUAUUUUUUUAAAAAAUGAUGAGUUGAGAGAAAUAAUUGAGAACAUUGUUUUCUGGAGAAAAUGUACCAGAAGAGGAGGACAGGUUGCAUAACAUUUGCUGAUGUACUUUCUAUCUCCUGGUCUCCCUAUCUCCUGGUAUUAUUGUUGUUGUUGUUAUUGUUAUAUUUCAUUUUCAUGGAGAAGAGAAAAUAGCCAGAAUAAAGAAAGAAGCCACUAUUUGUUAUUCAACUGAUUCUUGGAGAACACCACUAACCAGAUACGUCCCAGCGGGCAGUCUGGGGGAAAAUCUGUGCUCAGAGAUGGGCAGAGUGGCUGAGCCCAUACUUGCGUUAUGAAUGCUGAGACUGAAAACCUAAGCCAGAGUCAGGUUUAUAAGAGCAGAUGGAACCCUAUUGACUAAGCAGGUCACCUGGUUCCUCCUGGCCUGGCAGCGGCAAUAUUGCCCUCUGAUCAUGAGCACAUGGUAGAGAAUAUGGCGGCACUUCCGUUCUCUUCCGUAAUGACUCUCAGGGCUCUCGGCAGUUUAUUCAGCUUUCUGGUUCUGUUGUUUUGGAACUAGAAUUUACUCUCGGCCUAAAUCUUCUUCAAUUCUUUAAAGGGAACGACAACGAGAAAGACACAGGCACCGCGACAGCCGGCGAUCGCCAUCCACUGAGAGAUCUUACAGAAAGGACCACAAGAGGACAGGAAGGUAAGAUGAGGGAGUUGAUUAUCGCUGGGCAGCUGCUGUUAGGCUGGCGUUUCUCAGACUCUGGUUCCCAGCUGCUGUUGGACUACAACUCCCCUCAUCCCUAGCUAGCAGGACCAGUGGUCAACGAUGAUGGGAGCUGUAGUUCAAUGACAGCUGGAGACCCAAGUUUAAGAAACCCUGUGUUAAACUGCGCCUUCCGACCUGGGGGAUGGUGUAAAGAGAAGGUAAGACAAGGUUGGGUGGUGCUGUGGGUUAAACCACAGAGCCUAGGACUUGCUGAUCAGAAGGUUGGCGGUUCGAAUCCCUGCGACAGGGGGAGCUCCCGUUGCUCAGUCCCUGCUCCUGCCCACCUAGCAGUUUGAAAGCACGUCAGAGUGCAAGUAGAUAAAUAGGUACCGCUCUGGCGGGAAGGUAAACGGCGUUUCCGUGCGCUGCUGUGGUUCGCCAGAAGCGGCUUUGUCAUGCUGGCCACAUGACCUGGAAGCUGUACGCCGGCUCCCUCGGCCAAUAAAGCGAGAUGAGCGUCGCAACCCCAGAGUUGGUCACGACUGGACCUAAUGGUCAGGGGUCCCCUUUACCUUUAAGACAAGGUUUGGCUGGAUACGAAGCCAGUUUUCAGCACGACCUCAUCAUGAGCUGCAGCAAACUUUUGAUGAGUAUCUCUCCUCCUUGUGCACAAUUGAGCCCAGCCUCGCUGCCCAAGAUGAAUUGUUUAUUCCCUUGUCUUCUUGUGCAGUCAGUCUCCCGGGCAAGACCGGAAGAGAACUCGCUGGGAAGACGACCGGGAUAGGUGGUCGGAAAACGCCAGCAGGGAGAAGAGCUAUACUUCCAUCAAAGACAAAGAGCCAGAUGAGGCCGUCGUCGAAAAGAACGAGGAAGAUGACGAGGACCUGCUGAAGCCUGUGUGGGUCCGCUGCACCCACUCAGAAAGCUACUACUCAAACGACCCCAUGGAUCAAGUGGUACGUUGAGGAACUGUUUAGAGUUGGAAGGGACCAGAAAGGCCACCUUUUGCCCAAGGUGGGGCUCAAACGCUUGAGAUUAAAAGUCUCAUGCUCUACCGACUGAGCUAUACCAAGAUCACUUAAUGAAGUCCUCCUCCUCACUCCUUUCGCCUUGUAAGACCCUUCUAGGGGGAAGGGGUUGGUUUCCUGCAUCAUGUAGUGCCUGGGGAGAAUUGCCCCAAAUUGCAUAGGCUUCUACCCAAUUUAAGUUAACUUACCUUGGGACCCAAUCUAUUUUUUUUCCCCCAUCCUAAAACCUCCAGUCAACAUUCUGUGGCCAAUGUGUAUGCUCAUUUCUUAGUUAACUGGGUGGGGGUGUUUUUUUGGGGGUGGCAUGGGGCAUUAUCUGUGAAUAUUUUUGGGUACUUCAAACCUUGUAGUUUCUCUAAAACUGUUGAUGCCUCUGGUGUAAGGAUGAUACUGUUUUGCCUACAUAAGCACUGACACUUGAAGAAUUAUGAUUACUGUGUGAUCUAGGUUUGUGUGUAUUACACACUGUCUCAUUUUCUGAAUGUCCAGAAGAAACGAAAACUUGUUAUAUCAUCUCUGGUAAAUCGUCCCAUGUGAUCGAUGUGUUGCAUUUGUGAGUGUGUGCAACACACUCCUAAGGGUCAGCACGACUGCAAAUUGACGUUGCAAAAUAUUUUCAAUUCAGAAUAUGCUUUUAACUUUCUUUUUUAAAAAAUAAAAUUAUUUAUUUGGUUUUUCAACUUAAAAAAUUACAGAGAUAUGUCAAACAUAAAUAAUAACAAGAUUCCAAGAUUCCCUCCUCUUUGUGGGUCCUAUUAUUGAUCAUUUCCUCCCACAUCUUUUAUGAUAAUCCAAAUCCUUUACCUCUUCCAUUAUGUCUGGAAUUCAACCUUAAACUACAAUCCUACUAACGAUUUUAACUGUUUACAAUGGUCUUUAAGCUAAGUUAUAAUUUCCCCCCAUUCCUUGUUAAAAUGUUCGUCUUCCUGAUUUGGCAUCUGAAGAAGUGUGCAUGCACACGAAAGCUCAUACCAGUAACAAACUUAGUUGGUCUCUGAGGUGCUACUGGAAGGAAUUUUUAAAUUUUGUUUUGACUAUGGCAGACCAACACGGCUACCUACCUGUUCUUGAUUUCUGAAAUCCUUUUAACUUUUGUUUGGUUGCAAUGGCAAGGGCGAUUCCACUGUCGUCGGAACGAGCCGGCUCCGAGAUUUAUAUGAGAAGUUUGAGGAAGAGCUGGGCAAGCGGCAAGCCAAAGCCAAAGCUGCCAGGCCCCCCUGGGAGCCCCCCAAGACCAAACUGGACGAGGAUGUCGGUAAGGACUGCUCUGACCCACGCGACACACCCCAGAAAUAAAUGCUUGCCACUUUCUAGGAGGGAUCCGCUACUGGAGGCCCAAUGGCCAAAUCUGGCCCUCAAAUAUGCCCCGCAGAGGACCUUAAGGUCCAUGAAUAAUCAUAGUUUAGAGGUCCCGGGCCCUAAGGAAAUCAAAUUAUCCUCCACCAGGGCCAGGGCCAGGGUCAGGGCCUUCUCAGUGAUGGCUCUGACCUGGUGGAAUGCUCUGUCCCAUAAGACCAGGGCCCUGCAGGAUUUAACUUCCUUCCGCAGGGCCUGUAAGACAGAGCUAUUCCGCCUGGCUUUCAAUUUGAACUUAGCCUGAUCUUUUAUUUCCCUUCCUUUCCUCCCCUUCCCCUUUUUAUGAAGAUUACCCCGCUCUGGAAUCCCACAGCUAAUUCUCCCAUGGUCUCCUCGCUGGCCCAAAUAGGACUAAUUUAGCCAGCUAGCCCUGGUGAUCAUCUAAUGUUUAUUGGAUGGAUUUCCCCCUUAAAUUGAUUUUUGAAUUCUGAAUUUAUUGUUAUUCACGUUUUAUACUGUAUUUUAUGCUAUUUUUUGGUUGCAUCAAUUAAAUGUUUUAAAUUUGUUGUUAGCCACCUUCAGCCCGCUUUUCUGAACCAGGAAGGGCGGGGUAUAAAAAAAAUUAUUAUUAUAUUUAUUAUAAAUGCCAUUUGUCCCUUGAAAGAUUCCCUGCCACUAUCCUGAUCCUAUUCAUGCACCACUGUCUUCUAAGAUGAAGCAUAGGCAAAGUGCCCUUUAUCUGUUUCCCGUGGCCUAACCUUCCCUUUUUAUGUGCCACCACUGUUCUCUUCUCUGUGAAAGCCCCCUCUAAGAUGGAACUUGUGUGCCUGAAGAAAAAGCUUGAUUUCGGGGAAGCAGCGGGGUUAGUUAGAAAAUUAUAUCUUGCAUGCUAGUGAACAGCACUCUUUACUCUUGAGGUGUUGCCAGGAAUAAGUAGAGAAACUUUGCUCUUUGCCAUGCCCCUGGGGCAUUCGCCACUCCAGUCUCAGGAAAGAGGUGAAUGCGCAGUUUUGUGGGAGAUUGGAGAGGGCAAGUUGGUGUUACGUUUUUUCGGGAACGCAGGGAGUUCCAGCGACUCGGAGUGCGACUCGGAUGACGACAGCUGCUCCAGCAGUUCGGAUUCGGAGGUGUUUGACGUCAUUGCUGAAAUUAAGCGGAAGAAGGCUCACCCAGACCGGCUGCACGAGGAGCUGUGGUAUAACGACCCCGGACAGGUAGUACAUGCCAAAAAAAGCUCAGUCUUAAACAUUUGCAUCGCGGACAUGCAGCUAGUGACUUGAAAUCAGGACCGCAAUACCUCAAGGACCGCCUCUUUCCAUAUGAACCUACCCGGAUCCUGAGAUCAUCUUCUGAGGCCCUUCUUCAUGUGCCUCCUCCUUGAGAGGUCCAGAGGGUGGCAACCCGAGAACGGGGCCUUCUCUGCAGUGGCUCCCCAUCUGUGGAAUGCUCUCGCUAGGGAAGUUUGCCCAGCACCUUCAUUAUACACCUUUAGGUGCCAGGCAAAAACAUUCCUUUUUAACCAGGCCUUUGUUUGAUUUGAUUGACACCCUAUGCCCUUUUAAAAUGUGGGGGUUUUCUGGGGGGUGUUAUUGGGUUGUUGUUUUUAUUUUGAUUACGCAUUUUGUGGUUUUACAUUUUGAUUUUAUUCUGUGAACCGCCCUGAGACCUCUGGUAUAGGGCGGUAUAUAAAUUCAAUAAAUAAUAAUAAUUUGCUAUUCUGUAUUGAAGAUCAAGUCACUUUGCCAAAGCCAGUGACCACCAACCCUGUACUUUACACAAACCAAUCUUCUCUCAAUCCUGUUCUUGUGGCCAUGUACGCGCACACCUGAAAUUGCCAAAACACAACUACCAAAAUUCAGGAGACGGCUCCAAUGCUAUGCAUAUGUACUUUUCCACAAGCCCUAUUGAAUUUGGUGGGGUUUACAUAUGAGUAGACACAGAGGGCUGCACUGUACAUUUCAAAAAGUCUUGGUGUAUGGCUGGUGAUAGGCUGGUGAAACCUAGGCAAAAAUACUUUCCAUGGGUAAAGAAUAUUUGAAUCAGGCAGUAUUCAGAGACACUCUUUUGAAGUACUGUGGUCUAUUAAGGUACUUCAGUCCACGUGCUUUAAUUUUUUUUUUUAAAUUGAUUCUUAACUUUUGUAUGCUAAUUUGCUUUUAAAUAACCAAACAAACCCCUGUGUUGCAAAGAGAACGUCAGCAAUGUCUAAGCAACACAGUGACCAUGCACAUGCACAUACGCAAUAGACAAUCUUUAUAGAAUUCCUUCAAACCAUAACAAGUACAAAACGAAAUCUUUAGUCUCAAAGUCUCUGAAAAUCUUUAAAUAAAGUCUCUGAAAGUCUUUACAUGAAGCGAAGUACCAUACUUUGUACGAUGAAAGACAAGCUGUGAAGCUUUGUGUAUUCAGCAAAUAUGAUGUCCAACACUGAACAGUGAUUCCGGAUAUUGACUACUGUUUCGUAGAAUUCUUCGUCAGCAUAGUGGGAGGAUAUAGAAUUGCUUCAUAAACUGAAAAUAAUUUUUUUGUGUGUAAAAUUUUGUAAGAUUGUCUAUUGCUUAUGUACAUGGUCAUCGUGUUGCCUAGAAUUUGCUUUUAAAGGCAUUACCUUUCAGGCACUGAACCAGACUGCCUCUUCCUGUUUUUAAGCAUCUCAACUCAGUAGCCUCCUUUAACAUUUUUGACAGAUGAACGAUGGACCUCUGUGCAAAUGCAGUGCGAAAGCCAGACGAACGGGAAUAAGACAUGGAAUCUAUCCCGGGGAAGAGGUAAUAUUUCUUUAAAAUGCUUUUAGGACGGUUGACGGGAUCUCAAAGCAUCUUAUCAGGUAAAAUACAGUAUGAUGGGGUGGGGGGUGGGAAACCCACUUAAUAAUAAAUAAGCAUAGAAAAAAACUAUAAAACAAUCUGCCCCAAAAUAUUAAAAUCCAAUGACAAGCUAUGACUAAAACCAGUGUUCAAAGCUUCCAUUGUUCCAGGAGCAUUUUGUGACAGUAUUUCAUUGGUGCGAGUGGUUUCUGAGUUCUGGGCCUAAAUUUCAGAUUAAAACUGUAGAGUGGAAGGAAAGGAGGACCUUUUUCUGCCUCCCCACUUCCAGCUACUCCCCAAAGACGGGAGAAGAGACCCUCUUAAGAAUAUUAGGGGGGUGGGCAGGGGAAGGACUAGACCAGGGGUCUGCAACCUUUAAGACAAAAAGAGCCACUUGGACCUGUUUCCGAAGAAAAAAUACUGGGAGCCGCAAAACUCGUCAUUAUAAAAAUAACUUUUUGGUCAUUUUUUUAUUAUUUCUUUGUUUGACCCCUCAGAAUUACUCCUCCUCAUAGAAAUAAACGUUAAAUUAACAAGUUACCUUUUUGUGUGUGUGUGUGUUCUUCACUCCCCUUCAAAACAGUGACCAGCGUACAUGCCCCUUACAAUGUAGCGGGCGGGAAGGUGAUGUCGGGACGGUGCGUGACUAAUGCACGCACCGCCCCCAUGCGACGUCACAGCCAGUACAGCGCCCGCCACAGUGGGGAGUGUUGGGGCGCACAAUGCGCCUCCUCCCCUCGCUAGUAUCCACCCCGGAGCCGCGGCAAAGGUGUAAAAGAGCCACAUGCGGCUCCGGAGCCGUGGGUUGCAGACCCCUGGACUAGACCAUGUGAAAAACGAACAUAUUUUAGCUGCAGUUCAUUUUCAGCUUUGUAUAAAAAAGCGCACCGAGAUAUUCCGUUGUUGUGCCCAUAACCUCGGUUUAAGAUGCCGUUUAGCUCCUACCUUUCAUAUCUCGGUUUCUAAUGCUGACUAAAACCAGAAGUCCAAUAAGCACACUUCAAGGGAACAGCAAGGGAAAUAAGAGUUUUCCUAAGGCCUUUAAUGAGGAGGGACACCGGCCUUCCCUGGCAGGGUUUGGUCCAAAACAUCAGGAAAACAUUAGGUUGCUGAGGACUGCUUUCUCUUCUUUUAUUAGCAUUCACCUUUCCUAAUCACCUGCCCCUCUUAUUUCCUCUCUCGUUUCUUAAAGCCUAUUAAGCCCUGCCGACCCAUGACCAACAAUGCCGGAAAAUUAUUCCACUACCGCAUUACAGUGUCACCACCUACAAACUUUUUAGUAAGUAUAAUAUGAAGCAGGGGGAGCAGCAGACCUGUCUGUUUUUAUUUGAAGCUCUUGUUUUUAAGCCCUUACAUAGGUGACAUAGGAGCAAGCUGGAUAUAUUUAUUUGUGGUUAUUAUUUAUUGAUUCAGUUUAUAUACUGCCCAUUACCCCAAGAUCUCAGGGUAGUGUACUAUAUUAAAAAUGUGAUUUACGUAGCAUCAUAAUAAUAAAAGCAAUAAAGCGAUUGCAGGAAAUAUAAUAACAGUCCCCACGCUUCUAAAAGGCUGUUCAGUAGCCAAAGGCCUGCUUAGAGAGGAGUGUUUUUGUUUGGUAUGUAAUGAACGCGCCCGGUGAGCCUCUCCAGGGAGAGCAUUGCACAGAUGGGGAGCCACCUCCAGUUCUCCUGUUGCCAUCCUCCAGACCUCUUGUGGAGGAGGAACAUGAAGAAGAGUCUCAAAUAAUGAUCGCAGGAUCCGGGUCAGUUCACAUAGAGGGAGGUGGUCCUUGAGGUAAUAGUUACAGUGGUGCCCCGCAAGACGAAUGCCUCGCAAGACGAAAAACUCGCUAGACGAAAGGGUUUUUCGGUUUUGCGUUGCUUCGCUAGACGAAUUUCCCUAUGGGCUUGCUUCGCAAGACAAAAACGUCUUGCGCUUUUUUUUAAAGCCGCUUGAAGAGGCGCAGUUGCGACGGACCGUGCUUCGCAAGACGAAAAACAUCGCAAGACGAAAAGACUCGCGGAACGAAUUAUUUUCGUCUUGCGAGGCACCACUGUAUUAUUAUUAUUACAGUGGACGCUCGGGUUGCGCAAUUUAACACUUCUGCGCCUACACGACCGCUGAAACUUGGAAGUAACCUGUUCCGGUACUUCCGGGUUUUGGCGUAUCCGUAACCCGAAAAAAUGCAACCUGAGGCGUCUGUAACCUGAGGUAUGACUGUACAGUGGAACCUCGGUUUUCGAAUAUAAUCCAUUCCGGAGGACUGUUCGACUUCCAAAACGUUUGAAAACCGAGGAUCAAUGUGCGGUCAGCAAAAUCCAUUGAAAAAAAUGGGAGAAAUGUGGCUUGGAAGCCAUUCAACUUCUGAGGCACGUUCGAAAAUCGAAGCAAUUGCUUCGAGGUUUUUGGCCUUCGGGUUCCGAAUCAUUUGGCUUCCGAGACAUUCGAAAACCGAGGUUCCACUGUAUUAUUAUUGCCCUUCCCAACUGUUUGGGUUUCCCCAGCCACUCUGGGCAACUUCCAAUAAACAUGAAAAUAAUAAUAUUGCGACCCUGAGCCGUUUAAGGCUUUAUAGCCAGCUCUUUGAAUCGGGCCUGGAAACUAAUUGGCAGCCAGAGCAGUUGAGCCAGGAUCCGUGUAAUAUGCUCCGUGUGUCCUGCCCCAGUGAGCAACCUGGCCGUCCAAUUUUGCGACACCGAUGGAUCCAGCAGCUGUAUAUGCAGAGAGAGUGUGAUGCCAUAAACAGGGCCUCAGCCUUAUUUGGAUUGAGUUUCUGUUUAUUGGCUUCCAGCCAGUCCAUCACCAAGGCCAGACACUGGUCCAUACCUUCUCUGCCCCUAGCACGGAAACUAUGGGCUACCAGGGGAGGGAAGCCCAGGUGCAGUCACCAAGGUGCUUACCUGACCUCCCAGCUGCGUUUCACCAGCAGCUCAAUGCCUCCUCGCACACUCCUCCUCACAACCUCAUGGUAAACCAUGGUGACCCUUGUGUCAGCAGGUCUGCACCGUCCCACCCUGCUGACAGCUAUGGGGCCAGCCCCGUCGUCCAGCAUAGAAAUGCAGCAAGCUAUUGGAGGAUGAACAGAAGUUUGGGUUGCUGCUCUGCUAGUCCCUGGAACGCCAGCAAGCAUUUCAGCAGGCUAUUAACUUCUGUAAUAACAAUAACAAUAAACUAGCUUCUGUAAUAAUAAUAAUAAUAAUUUAUUAUUUAUAUCCCGCCCAUCUGGCUGGGUUUUCCCAGCCACUCUGGGCGGCUUCCAACAGAAUAUUAAAAUACAAUAGUUUAUUAAACAUUAAAAGCUUCCCUAAAGAGGGCUGCCUUCAGAUGUCUUCUAAAAGUCUGGUAGGUGUUUUUCUCUUUGACAUCUGGUGGGAGGGUGUUCCACAGGGCGGGUGCCACCACCGAGAAGGCCCUCUGCCUGAUUCCCUGUAACUUGGUUUCUCGCAGCCAGGGAACUGCCAGAAGGCCCUCGGCGCUGGACCUCAGUGUCCGGGCUGAACGAUGGGGGUGGAGACGUUCCUUCAGGUAUACUGGACCGAGGCCGUUUAGGGCUUUAAAGGUCAGUACCAACACUUUGAAUUGUGCUCGGAAACGUACUGGGAGCCAGUGUAGGUCUUUCAAGAGCUUAGCCUUAUUUGCAAGGCUAGUCUGACCUGCGGCUUUUGCCCUUAUCUCUUUAGACAGACAGGCCAACUGUGAUCGAGUACGAUGACCACGAGUACAUCUUCGAAGGCUUUUCCAUGUUUGCCCAUGCUCCUCUCACCAACGUAAGUCGCCUUUCUUUCCUGGCCCAGCUAGUUUUAUGGAUGGCUGCUGGGGCCUUUAAAAUUUCUGUGUAUUCUAGCUUUCUUCUCCGUAGUAAAAAUCAAACCUAUAGCAGCCCUCCUGUGAAAUCUUUGUCCCUUUAAACAUUUUUUUUUAUCUGUUCUUUGGAGAUGAGGUGCCCCUGCCUUUUUAACUUUACUUUAAAAAUGUUUCCUAACACAAGGCAUAGUUGAUCCCGGCUUGUUCAGUCUCUGCAUAGUCUUAUCUUGACAAUAAUUGACCUAUUCAGAUGGUCUGUCCCAGGGUGGAUUUGAUUUAAAUCAAAUCAAAUUUAAAUCACGAUUUAAAUCACUAGUUAGUAAGACUUGGUUCAAAUAAUUUUUUUUUUACAGAAAGACUCAUUCUUGCUGGUAUAAUCUUAAUAUUUACAGCCAGAUAAAGGUUUCAUUUUUGGAAUAAUAAAUUUUCAGAGUAGUUUUUGCAGUUAUACCAAAUAUUACCGAUUUGGUUGUGCUAUUAGAAAUACAUAUACCGAUAAUUAUGAAAUUAUUGUGAGGUUUAAUAAGUUAACUGUUUAUAUUUGGACAACUUUUCUGCUGUUCUUUAUUGGAAGGAGAAAAAUAAUAACCAUUUCCUUAAUAACAAUUUAAACAAUUUGUAUAACUAAAACAAUAACAUUAUAGCAUAUGUAUCCAUUGUUUGUUAACUGAUGUGGUUAAACAAUUUUUAAAAAACAAACCUUAAGACUGAGUUUUAGCACACAUGAAAAACUUAAAACAAAUCCUUAUUUCCUGAUGAAUAGCCUUUGGACUAUAAUGUAAAUUACCGUAUUUUUCGCUCUAUAAGACGCACUAGACCACAAGACGCACCUAGUUUUUGGAGGUGGAAAACAAGAAAAAAAAGAUCUGAAUCUCAGAAGCCAGAACAGCGAGGGAUCGCUACGCAGUGAAAGCAGUGGUCCCUCUUGCUGUUCUGGCUUCUGUGAUAGCUGCGCAGCCUGCAUUCGCUCCAUAAGAUGCACACACAUUUCCCCUUACUUUUUAGGAGGGAAAAAGUGAGUCUUAUAGAGCAAAAAAUACGGUAAAUAGAAAACUAUCUUUAGAAAGAUUUUUCCUCCAAAAGCAUUUUAUUUUAAAAAUCCAAUUUAAAUUUUAAAAAAAUCCAAUUUAAAUUAAAAAAAAAAUCCAAUUUAAAUAAAAAAAAUCUGAUAUUUUUUUUUAAAGAAAACCAUUGAUUUUUAUCCACCCUAGUUUGUCCCAAAGAGGUUUAAGCCUUCCCGAUGUAGCCACUGAUGCACUACUUUUUGUGAAAUCUGUGCUCGGUGCAGUCGGGCCUCCAGCAGAUGGCAGUCUCUACCAGCAGAUGUCAUACGUGCCUUGCUUGUCAUGCUAUUUCCUAGCUGGCUGUCUCAAGGUUUAUGAAUUUCAACACCCCUUUUAAUUUUGGAUCAGAAGAAAGCAAGAGAAUGAAGGGAGGGUGCUGCCUGCAUCGCUCUUUGAGACUCAACCUCUCUCGUGCAUGUGUUCCUUCUCGUCUCUCCAGAUUCCUCUGUGCAAAGUCAUCCGAUUUAACAUCGAUUAUACAAUUCAUUUCAUCGAGGAGAUGAUACCCGAAGUAAGUUAUGGGAACAAUGAUGCACAACAUCUGUUUGCUUUGUGGCGCGUCGAGAAAGUUUAGCUCGUUGGUUCAUGCAUAUUCCGAAGUAGUUCGUACUGUAUGGCUGGAUGAGCGCUUCUGAUUAAAGGUGUACAGUCCUGGAAUAUCGAUAUGAAAACAUACUAAUGAAAGGUGUAAAACAAAUUAAGCAAAUGUUCCCGUGAAAGUAAACUCUGUUGCCAUCUGUCUAUUAGCGCCACUAAGUGAAUAUUGCUGUGGGGGAGAGUAGUAUUUUGUUAAAACUGUCCAACAAUAUUGUUGUUGUCAUUGUUGAUUAAAUUUAUAUACAGUGGUACCUCGGUUUACGAACUUAAACUGUUCCGGAAGUCCGUUCUUAAACCAAAACCAUUUUUAAACCGAGGCACGCUUUCCCUAAUGCGGCCUUCCGCCGCCGGUGCCCUUCCACCAUUGGGAUUCUGUUCUUACACGAGGUAAAGUUCUCAAACCAGGACACUAUUUCUGGUUUUGUGGAGUUUGUAAACCAAAUCGUUCUUAAACCGAACUGUUCUUAAACUGAAGUACCACUGUACUGCCCUAUACCCAGGGGUCUCAGGGCGGUUCACAGAAUAAUAUCAAGAUAUAAAACCACAAAAUACAUAAUAAAUAAAAUAAAUAAAAUAAUAAUAAAAAUAAAAACAAUAACCCAAUAGCCCCCCCCCAGGUUCUCGCCCCUGCCUCGCAUCUUUAAAUCAUGCGCGUACCCUCUGAGACCACCUCUUCUCCAGACUUUCAGGACGGCAGCCUUUGGAUAUGUGCGUGUUAUCUGUAACCCUCCCUUUGUUCGUAUUUUUGCUUCGGAGCGGCACACCCGUCUCAUCUAGAGGGGAAAGACGCUGUUUUAAUGAAGAACGCUUUAUUUCUAGAUCGGUGCAUGGGUUUUUGCUUUUAUUUAUUUCCUUCCCCGGCCCGUUCAUAAGGACAAUAAUCCCCAGUUUGUGAAGUGCUGAUUAGUGACUGCAGAAACGCCUUGUUACGACGACAGCAGUGAUUUAUCAGCUUUUUAGCUAGAACGUGGCAGCCUCCGAGAAUUAUGGGAGAGGUCCUCCUUUCCACAUAUAUCAUCUCUUCUGCUUAUUCAAGUGAAAGGCUGUUGGCACUCCGUAAGUUAUGGCGUAGCCCUGAGCUCGUAAUUUUUGCUUCCAGUCUAGAUUUAGGCUUUUGAUAAGGAACACACCCCAGAAUAAUAAUAAUAAUAAUAAUAAUAAUAAUAAUUUAUUAUUUAUACCCCGCCCAUCUGGCUGGGUUUCCCCAGCCACUCUGGGCGGCUCCCAAUCGAAUAAUAAAAACACAAUACAGCAUUAAACAUUAACAUUAACUUCCCUAAACAGGGCUGUCUUCAGAUGUCUUUUAAAAGUAGGAUAGUUGCUUAUUUCCUUGACAUCUGAUAGGAGGAUGUUCCACAGGGCGGGUGCCACUACCGAGAAGGCCCUCUGACUGGUUCCCUGUAACCUCACUUCUCGCAGUGAGGGAACCGCCAGAAGGCCCUCGGCGCUGGAUCUCAGUGUCUGGGCUGAAUGAUGGGGGUAGAGACACUCCUUCAGGUAUACACUAUAUUGGCAGUGGGGGUUUUCUUCCUGGCAAAUUUGCCCUUUUGCAGCAGAUUCCAUUGCCAGCGACUUCAAAAUGUACUCGCCUGUCGGUGGCUGGCUGCUGGAAAAACAGGUUGCUGCUGAAAAGCCCUUGGCUGUACUGCUCACCCGCCUACAGCGAGUCAUGCUUGAAUUGUUCAGUGCUAAAAUGGCUUUUCUGCAGUGACGGCUAACACUGGCAUACAAACAUAACAUAGGAAGCAGCCUUACGCCAAGUCAAACUGUUGGUCCGACUCAAUAUUAUCAACACCAGAGACAGCAAGGGGUGGGGGGGCCUCCAGAUGAUGUCAGCUGCCGCUCCCGUAUGACCCAGCUACAUUGCCGGUAUUCAAUGAUCAUGGGUGUUGUAUUCCCAACAGGCAGGGCGGGAUUUAGGUUUGAUGAGGCCCUAAGCUACUGAAGGUAAUGGGGCCCUUUAUAUGUCCAGCUGUCCUUUGUCAACAACAAAUUGUCGGGUUUUUUGUGUUGAAUAUGCUACAUGGUAAUUUAUGGACCUAAGGUAAAGGUUAAAGGGAACCCUGACUGUUAAGUCCAGUCGCGGACGACUCUGGGGUUGCGGCGCUCAUCUCGCUCUAAAGGCCGAGGGAGCCAGCGUUUGUCCACAGACAGCUUCCGCGUCAUGUGGCCAGCAUGACUAAGCCACUUCUGGUGAACCAGAGCAGCACACGGAAACGCCAUUCACCUUCCCGCUGGAGCGGUACCUAUUUAUCUACUUGCACUUUGACGUGCUUUCAAACUGCUAGGUUGGCAGGAGCAGGGACCGAGCAACGGGAGCUCACCCCGUCGCAGGGGAUUCGAACCGCCAACCUUCUGAUUGGCAAGCCAUAGGCUUUGUGGUUUAACCCACAGCGCCACCCGCGUCCCUCAAUUUAUGGACCUAAUAGGUAUUUAAAGCCAUUUGCCACUGUUGCUGUAUGUAGGUUUUAUUUUGUUUGUUUUUUAUCUUAAAUCUUGGAAAUGUACAUCCAGUUUUUUUUCCUUUAAUUUUUUUGGGGGGCCCCCAAGAGAGUGGGACCCUAAGCUAUCGCUUGUUUAGCUUGUACAUAAAUACGGCACUGCCCACAAGUUAUAUAUAUGGGCCAGAUGGGUGGGAUAUACCGUAUUUUUUGCUCUAUAAGACUCACUUUUUCCCUCCUAAAAAGUAAGGGGAAAUGUGUGUGCGUCUUAUGGAGCGAAUGCAGGCUGCGCAGCUAUCCCAGAAGCCAGAACAGCAAGAGGGAUUGCUUCUUUCACUGUGCAGUGAUCCCUCUUGCUGUUCUGGCUCCUGAGAUUCAGAAUAUUUUUUUUCUUGUUUUCCUCCUCCAAAAACUAGGUGCGUCUUGUGGUCUGGUGCGUCUUAUAGAGCGAAAAAUACGGUAAAUAAAUUGAGAAGAAGAAGAAGUUACACAUUAAAAUCCUGUGGUUUAGAUUCUUUCCACCAUAAUGGGACUUGUGGGUCUUCCCCCCACCCCAGCCCAGGUUUCUUUUUACUAGUGUAUGUGCUAUAAUUUACAUAUUAUAAUAAUAUGUAAUAACAUCCCGCCAUCUGAACACAAUGCGUUCCCUCGUCUGUUAGGCAAGCAUCAAGCGUAACAAACCAACAAUUUCCAUUGCUUCCUAUGGGGAAAUUUCUAAUGCAUUCUCAACCAUGGAAUUUGAAGCCCAGAAAGCAAUAAAACCUUCUGAAAACCCUCAGCCAACCAGCAAAAGGCAAGCCAGGAAGUAAAAAAAAAAAAAAAAAAAAAAAGCUCUCUGUUACAGAUACCUGAAUCUGUAGUUUGCAUAGCGAGGUUUGGGUACUAAUUUGUCGCAUUUGGAUAAAUGUGUUUCUGCAUAACGAGUGUUCAGAACGCAGGAUCUGCGUGUAUUUUAUGAACCUGAUUGGCAUUAACUUCUCAAGUAUGCCUAAAGCAGCAACCGUAGGAACUACAGUGGUACCUCGGGUUACAUAUGCUUCAGGUUACAUACGCUUCAGGUUACAGACUCCGCUAACCCAGAAAUAGUGCUUCAGGUUAAGAACUUUGCUUCCGGAUGAGAACAGAAAUCGUGCUCCGACGGCGCGGCAGCAGCAGGAGGCCCCAUUAGCUAAAGUGAUGCUUCAAGUUAAGAACAGUUUCAGGUUAAGUACGGACCUCCGGAACGAAUUAAGUACUUAACCUGAGGUACCACUGUAUUGCCAAAUUAUAUCCUGUAAUCUCGCCAACCACGCUGUUGGGGUAUUGGUAUGUUGCUCAUACAUUGAUCAUUGACAUUAACAUUGGCUCCUUUUCCUUUUCCAGAAUUUUUGCGUACGAGGACUGGAGCUGUUCUCUUCCUACCUGUUUAAAGAUAUCCUGGAACUCUACGACUGGAAUCUUACCGGUAACUUUUGAGUUUGAGAAUGUGUUUGUGGAUGAGAGCAGGGGAUUAAAUGAAAAUCCGAAAGGUAUUUCAGAGCGUUCUUUCAGUACUUGUCCCAGUGGUCAGAAUCUCACACACCAUUGGGUGUGACUGAGCGACACACAAAUCUCAUUGCUCAUAUUUACCGAAACAUACGCCAGGACAUUUCUUUGGUGUACGAGAGAAUGCUGUACUUAACAAGCUGGGCUUAUGAAGUUAAAAAGCAACAAUGCUCGCCUAUCUUUUGUAAAUCAUCGUAUGUCCUGAUAGUGAACUCAAGGGAUGAAUUAGGAUGGCUUUGUUGCCAAAUCGGAGCUACCAAGAGACUGCAUGGAGGUCCGGGCAUGGUUGGUAGAUUCUCAAGGCUUGCAGAAGCAGGAAAAAAGACAGGCGUCUCUCCAAAGGAAAAGUCAGCUUAAUGGAAACUGGGCAUGCUUGUUGUUGUUUAGUCGUUUAGUCGUGUCUGACUCUUCAUGACCCCAUGGACCAGAGCACGCCAGGCACUCCUGUCUUCCACUGCCUCCUGCAGUUUGGUCAAACUCAUGCUGGUAGCUUCGAGAACACUAUCCAGCGAUCUUGUCCUCCGUCGUCCCCUUCUCCUUGUGCCCUCCAUCUUUCCCAACAUCUUUCCCUCUCUUCCAGGGAGUCUUCUCUUCUCAUGACGUGGCCAAAGUAUUGGAGCCUCAGCUUUAGGAUCUUGUUGGCUAUUUGCAGUUUAGUAGCGCUGCAGAGAGCUUGUUGGGGAGACCAUGCAUUAAAAAGGGACUCAAAAAUAACUUAAACAAGGUUUUAAUAACAAAAACUCCUUAUACACUAAAUCCAUCAACAACAAACCAGACCCAACCACCAACCCAUCCCCCAGGGUAAUGGGAGAGCUAGGUGCUGCUCCUUAUAUACUAUACCCAAUUGCUGACACAGCUUGAUUAACACAACUCAGCAGCACCUGCUAUGUUUCACAGCUGUAAGACUGGGUCUCGUUAUUUGCCUUGGCCCUGGCCCUUAAAGACAUACACAACUUGUGAAGCAAUAAUGAACCUUCACGUUUUAAAGUGACCAUUCAACAGAUCUGUCCUUCCAGUCAGGGCUGAUUUCCUUCAGAAUGGAUAGGUUUGAUCUUCUUGCAGUCCAUGGGACUCUCAAGAGUCUCCUCCAGCACCAUAAUGUUUCUUUGGGGUUGGAGUAUGAAAUGGCGUAACCUGAGAGAAGGCACGGGUUGGCUGGAGCACUGAGCACCGCAACAAAUUUAUUGUAAAUCUCGCUUGUUCUCCGUGACUUUGUUUCUUGGGGGAUGCGUGCGUCUGAGAUUUUAAUUACCGUAAGGUGUGCACAAUGAGUUGUGAUCGUAGCACCAGACAAAAACGUUGGCACCGUGUAGCUUAUCGGAGACAGGAGCAUGUGGCUGUGGCGCGAUGCAAUAAAAAUUGUAGCAAACAUCGCAGGUGGCAAGCUGUCCUUUUUGGGGGGUUGGAAAUCAUCCUCGGAUUGUGGUGCGGUCAAAAUGAAAGCAUCCAUGCUCUCUCCCCCCCCCCCCCAUUGAGCCUUGAGGAAGAAUUUGUUUUAAAAAGCCAAGGGCUUCUCAGAAGAAUCUUGAGCUGAGAUAUACAGGCUUCUUGUGGAGUUUGAUAUGCCCCCGAAGACUCGGUUUAAGGAAAUGCAGUCUUUGUAAUGUAGAAAUCUGAUGAGUUUGAGAGUUCUGCUUGUGUGCUUCCCUUGGUUUUCUAAAAUACGUUCCCUAGCUCCGAGUGAGAAUGAAUGAUGAUGAGAUUUAUUUCCUUUCUUCUUCUUUUUUACAAAUUGGAAAGGCACAUUCCGACGGUGCUAUCUUGUACGCUCAUUAUAAUAGCGUAAGACAGUGGUACCUCAGGUUACAUACGCUUCAGGUUACAUACGCGUCAGGUUACAUACGCGUCAGGUUACAUACGCGUCAGGUUACAUACGCGUCAGGUUACAUACGCGUCAGGUUACAGACUCUGCUAACCCAGAAAUAGUACCUCGGGUUACAAACUUUGCUUCAGGAUGAGAACAGAAAUCGCGCGGCAGCAGUGGGAGGCCCCAUUAGCUAAAGUGGUACCUCAGGUUAAGAACCGUUUCAGGUUAAGAAUGGAUCUCUGGAACAAAUUAAGUACGUAACCAUAGGUACCACUGUAUCAUGAAAUGCCACCAGUGGCAUCCAAUCUGGAGCUGCUGGUGAUAAUACCUGUAUGCCACCUAAACAUGGAGGAAGUCUGUGAACAAAUAAUAUUCCUGACUCUAGUCGGUUCCAGCCUUCCCACCAGCGCGUCUUCCUUGCCCCAAGGCUCCUCUGGUGUAUUUCAGGUGUUUGGUUGGUGUAUCUGUCAUUGUGGAUCUGCAGUAGAGGAUUGUGCCUUACAUGUCCUGGCUGGCGGAGGAGGAUGGAGAUUUUAAUGAGAAUUAUAACAUAGGAAGACAGCAGGUAUAUGCCUUGCGUUGUGUGUACUGCACCAGGCCAGCCAAUUGUGCACCGAGAAAAAUCCUCCUGACCUGCAGAAAUUAAGCAAAGUUGCAUGUAUAAACUAAAUAUGGGAAGGAGCCUGCGCCACAGCCUCAGAAAAUACCGCUGAGCCAUGUGCUGGAUUUUAAUGCAAACAGGAAUCUCACCCACUAUUAAUCCUAUCUUAACCUAUGAGGCCUAGAAGUUUGCUUUUUUUUGUUUUUUAAUUAACUAUCCACCCUAAAUACCAAACCGUUGCAUUUGCAGCGCAGUCGUGGAAUAUGCCCAGCUCUGUAUAAACUUUUAUGUCUUAUUAGAAUACCAAAGUCUAUAAGGAUUGGGGAAUCUUUAAAGAAUAUUUAGAAAACUAUGGAAUAAAAGGAAACAUAGUGGCAGAAUUAGACUGAUCCCUGUAUUGUAUAAAUAUAAGUUUGUAGCGAGGUAAAAAGAAGUUAUAUAAGAAAUAUGUAACUGUGCGUAUAAAGUAAUGGAAAGAUAAAGUAUAGUGAGAUUAAUACUGUACUUUAUCAGUCAGUUAAAGUCAGUUUUAAAUUUCUUCUCUAUAAGUUUUAUAAUUGUGAUCAGUAUCAGAAGUAUAUAUGAUGAUAAUUAUAUUAAUCUUCUUGUAUCUUAUAGUGUGGUGGCUUGUUUGAUUUUUCUGUUAUUUGUUUGUUUGAUUGUAUGUUUGUUUACUUAUAUGUACAUCUGUUUUUUAAUAAAUGUAUUUAUUUUAAAUUAAUAGAGAUAUAUAUUUUUAAAACAUAGAAUACCAAAGAUGGAGACUAGUGAAAUGUGUUGCUUGUGUUUUGAAUUGCUUCUAAUUUCUCAUUGAAGGUCCUUCGUUAGAAAACAACGAUGCUUCCUGCCCCCGGUUUCAUUUCAUGCCUCGUUUUGUCAGGUUUCUUCCAGGUAAGUUUUUUGUUGUUACUGGUACGGCAGCCAGGUACUGGCCCAGCUCUUGCUGGGAUAGUCAGACCUGUGUACCUGGACUGUAUCAUGUCAUCAGAUUGCAGGCAGGAAGUUGGCACAUUGAAUUUUCCUUCAUACCAGCAAAUAAAAAGGAAAUGUCUUCACUUAGGUCCUUUGAUUGCUUUGGUACCACCCUUGGUAUGACCAGUGUUGCACAUUCCCAAUACAGUUGUACCUUGGAAGUCAAACGGAAUCUGUUCCAGAAGCCCGUUCGACUUCCAAAACGUUCGGAAACCAAAGCGCAGCUUCUGAUUGGCUGUAGCUUCCUGCAGCCAAUCAGAAGCAGCGGAACCCCAUCAGAUGUUUAGGUUCCAAAGAACGUUCGCAAACUGGAACACUCACUUCCGGGUUUGCGGCAUUCGGGAACCAAAACGUCUGAGUACCAAGGCAUUCAGGAUCCAAGCUAUGACUAUAAUCAAGUUUUGUUUCCAUCCUUAGAUGUUGUCUUCAGAUAUUGGGUAGACUCCCUUUUUUCUUUUUAAACGGAGCUGCCUUUAGUUUGCGUUUUUCUCCCAACAUGUGCUCAUGCCGUAGUUAGAAAGUACUGUAUUUUUUGCUCUAUAAGACUCACUUUUUCCUUCCUAAAAAGUAAGGGGAAAUGUGUGUGCGUCUUAUGGAGCGAAUGCAGGCUCCGCAGCUAUCACAGAAGCCAGAACAGCAAGAGGGAUUGCUGCUUUCACUGCACAGCGAUCCCUCUUGCUGUUCUGGCUUCUGAGAUUCAAAAUAAUUUUUUUCUCCUCCAAAAACUAGGUGCGUCUUGUGGUCUGGUGCGUCUUAUAGAGCGAAAAAUACGGUACUCUUAAAAUUGGGCUGAUUUAACACAGUAACUCCUUGACCCUUGGUUUUGUGAACUAGUGUGUCAGUGACCUGUCGCAAAGUGAUACCCCCAACCUUGAAAGCAGAAUUUCAAGCUGGCAGCCGACACAUUUCUCUUUGUACUUCCUGCGCAUUUUAAAUCGAAAGUGGCCAUCCGUGCCACGGCCAGCUGAGCAGUGUGAAAGAAUUUGCACCAAACUUGUAAUAAUGCAUGGUGGUCAGAUUGACAGUCUCACCUAAGGUUCAAACUGUUGGUAGCCCCCACAAAAUGGCAUUUGGGAGCGUGCAAGGACUCUGGUAAGUUUGUGAGUCUGCUGGGAUCUAGAAAAAAAAGUGUCUGUCAGACCAGAGCCUCCAGUUAAUUCCCACCAAUUUCUGAACGUGCCGGUGGCCUUGUAUCCAUCUACAGUCUGCAAUCCUAACCUCGCCAACCUCAGAAUAAAUCCCAAUGAAUAGGACAUGUUUGGGAUCGCAGCCGUUGCCUUUCGUUAGAGCCAUUUGCGACCUUGACUGCUGUUGCUUCUUUUUGACGCCUACUUCUGCUUCCUCUAGAAACAAUGUUUGGGAUCAGAGCCAGUGUGGUGUAGUGGUUAAGAGCGGUAGAUUCGUAAUCUGGGGAACCGGGUUCGCUUCCUUGCUCCUCCACAUGCAGCUGCUGGGUGACCUUGGGCUAGUCACACUUCUCUGAAGUCUCUCAGCCCCACUCACCUCACAGAGUGUUUGUUGUGGGGGAGGAAGGGAAAGGAGAUUGUUAGCCGCUUUGAGACUCAUAGAAUCAUAGAGUUGGAAGAGACCACAAGGGCCAUCAAGUCCAACCCCCUGCCAAGCAGGAAACACCAUCAGAGCACUCCUGACAUAUGGUUGUCAAGCCUCUGCUUAAAGACCUUCGGGUAGUGAUAAAGCGGGAUAUAAAAUCCAAACUCCUCCUCCUCUUCUUCUUCGUCUUCUUCUUCUUCUUCUCUUCUUCUUUUUUCUUUGAAGAUGGAGGGAAAGAAGUGCUGUCCAUGCACCAGAUACUGCUGUAUCUGUUACGCUGCAAUAAGCCGCUGGUGCCGGAAGAGGAGAUUGCCAAUAUGCUACAAUGGGAGGAGUUGGAGUGGCAGAAAUAUGCCGAGGAGUGCAAGGGGAUGAUCGUCACCAGCCCUGGCAUGGUAACUGCAAAUGUUCUCAGAUUGAGUUUUGUUGUGCUGUGCCCAAACCCCAAACCACAAUCAGUUCCAUCUCUCCCAAUCUAUUUAUUUAUUUUGUUUGCGGCCUGGGACAGCUGCCCGAAAGCAGUGCACUGUUUGGCCAUCUUAGGGACAACGAAACAUUAAGAUGCAGUGAUGAUUGCAGGACAAUAAAAGGUAGUAAUCUAGGGUUGUAAGGCAUCUGUGGGUGCAAAUAAUAAUAAUAAUAUUUAUUUAUUCCCCCACCCAUCUGGCUGGGUUUCCCCAGCCAUUCUGUGUGGCUCCCAACAGAAUAUUAAAAACACGAUAAAACAUCAAAUAUUAAAAACUUCCCUAAACAGAGUUGCCUUCAGAUGUCUUUUAAAAAUAGGAUAGGUGCUUAUUUCCUUGACAUCUGAUGGGAGGGCGUUCCACAGGGCAGGCGCCACUACCGAGAAGGCCCUCUGCCUGGUUCCCUGUAACCUCACUUCUCACAGUGAGGGAAAACUGGAACACUCACUUCCAGGUUUCGAUCACUCAGGAGCCAAUUUGUUCGGGAGCCAAGGCGUUCGGGAUCCAAGGUACGACUGUAUUAUUAUUAUUAUUAUUAUUAAUUGAAUUUAUAUACCGCCCUAUACCUGGAGGUUUCAGGGCAGUUCACAGAACAAAAUCAAAAUAUAAAACCACAAAAUAUAUAAUCUAAAUAAAAACAACAACCCCAUAUCCCCCCCCAACCCCCACAUUUUAGGCAUAGGAUGUCAAUCAAAUCAACCAAAGGCCUGGUUAUAAAGGAACAUUUUUGCCUGGCACCUAAGGUUUUAGUGUCUUGGGUGUCACUAAGGUUGUCCACACUGUCGUCCUCCCCAUCUCCUUCUCCAACAACACUGCAUAGGGAUGCCACAAGUCCUCCAGGAAGCAGAUGUACACACAAUUCUGCUCACUUUAUUCUAUGAAGAUUGGGCUUGGUGUCCAUUGUAACACUGCACAAUAGCCGCAACUUUUUUCCUUCUUUCUUUUGGAAUGAUAGGAAUGUCCUGGGUUUUGCCAUUGAAAGUUUCGCCAUGUGAUUGUUGAGCUCAGCAAUAAAGCUCUCGUUUGGCACAAUAGGGAAAGAUCAGGAGAAGCUUAUGAGAGAGCUGUUUUAUUGGUGUUUUUUGUAGUUACAGCUUUCUUUGUCAGUAAUAAGUCGAGGAGGAAGGAGAAGAAUGGCCACAGUUUGCUUGUUCCCCCUCUUUCUCGUUCGUUCCGUGACAAGGGCACAUUUUAAUAAAUAGCAAGAGAGAUAUUUGUGUGUAGGGGGUUUCUGUUUCUUUAUAUCUGAGCGAAGGCUCAGGAAGGAGAAGGGACAUCUUGCAGUACCUAACCUUUUAAAUGUUUUUAGAAUACCUUUAAAUUCUGUGAAGUCCUUCACACACUUCGUACAGUGCUUCUGCACACACCCCUUUCGUUGGCUACCUUGUCGCGCUAGAGUUUGGGUUGGUGGCACGAGGAAAAGCUGACCGGAGUGUGGUAUUUUUGUGUGACGGAUUUAUUUCCUCAGUUAUAUUCCUCCUUUUAGCAGUAACGAACCCUUAGCAAUUCACUCUCGCUUUAAACACUUAGAUGUGCAGCGUAAACAGUGGAAUCAAUCAUUGGUAGACAGUUUUCCUGUUGUCUCUCGACUUUGCUUUUAACUCCAGGGAAGUUCUAAGUGGGAAGAUCGUCGUCUGUGGUGUGCGUCUUAUUGCAUCCCAUGCAGAGCGAGAUAGUCAGAGGAGGCAAGGGAAAACAUUGGCGUAAUGUGGGGAGGGGCAGAGCGGUGGUUUCCCUGGGCGCAAAAUUGUUAGGGGGCGCAAAAUUCCAACCCCCGGUGCUGCCUCGAUAGAGCUGCGCACUUCUGUCGCUGGGCUCCCUUGAAAACGACUUCUCCCUCAGAACCAGGGAGUGACCUCUCUAGACAACGGAACAACUCUUCUUAUCUCUGCGGCUGUGAUCUCCCGGGUGACGCAGUCAUCAUUAGGCGGUUGAAUGUGCAUGUGUAAUCCAUUCCCCUCCCUCCCACCACCCCGCUCUGUGCAGCCCUGGGCUCCAGCAACCCACGCUAUGUCACUGGAGGAAAGUCCUGUUGCAUGCACAGAAAUCCUUCAGCUAGCAAGGGGGCUGCAUUUCGUACAAGCCUAGGUGUGGUCAUUGAACUCUCUCUUCCCCGCUCGUCCAUAACAGGUCCGUUCAGUGGUUAACGAAUCAGGAGCCAGUCUCUGGUAAAUGUGCUCCCUCUUCCCUUAGCCACAUCUGGCUUGACUUCUCGUUUUACUAGGAUUUGAAACCACGGUUGGCUUUCAGAUUCGUUUGCCAAGUGGAGGCGAGACGGUGGAAGCUGCUGUCUUCGGGGCCGGCUCUUCCUCUGCGGAGAGGCCAUUUUCGGAAAGUUAUAUAUGCCUGCGAUAGAGCCACUGUUACCUAAAUUUAAUUGUUUGAUCUUUUCCCUCCACUUGCUCCAGAAACCCAGCUCGGUUCGCAUUGAUCAAUUGGAUCGUGAGCAGUUCAACCCUGAUGUGAUUACUUUCCCCAUUAUUGUCCACUUUGGAAUACGACCUGCUCAACUCAGUUAUGCUGGAGACCCACAGUAAGCAAUUAUUGUCAAGCCUGGGGCUGAAUGCAGUCUUAACAGUCUUGCUCUUGAUGGGCAGGUGCCGAAGCAACUGCUUCUGUUAAAGCAGUUACGAACACCCACUGGGAUAGUACUCUGGAGAAUAGAUGGAAAGGGUGGGGGAGCAAAAAUCAGUCAUUGUUCUGUGCUGCACAGUAAAAUUCUGAACUCUGAAAUGCUUUCUUUCCCCCCUUAAGUGAAAAGGUUUUCCCUUCUGCAUUCCUUUAAUUUUGUUUCAAAAGCGUGCAUGCCUUUUAAAAUGAAAUUCUUACAUUGUAAACCGUAGACCUGUGGGUUCCCUAAAGACUCAAUUCCCUUAUGUUUUGUGCAUUGCAUGGUGGAUCAUUAACAUUGUUUUGUUCCCUGGGGAGUAAUCUGCGAAAUGUUUGACUGUCAAUUCACUCUUAUUGUCUUAAGAACCAUUUCCUUCUGCUCUCGCAUGGGCCAAGCAGUUGCCUUUGGCAUGUCCAUGACUGGGACAUGAGCACUCUCUUUCCAUCGUGUUCCCCAGGAACUGGUAUACCAAGUAGGGCUGGUCAAGAUCUGGUUUUCAACUUUGCGAUAUAUCACCAGCUAAACAUCAUGGCACACCGAUAUAUCACAAUGUCUGAAAUAAUGAUGGAACAACGCUAGAGGUGAACAGUAGGGCUAGACAAUAUCUGGUUUUCAACUGUGAGAUAUCACCUCGGGUUAAGUACUUAAUUCGUUUCGGAGGUCUGUUCUUAACCUGAAGCUGUUCUUAACCUGAAGCACCACUUUAGCUAAUGGGGCCUCCUGCUGCUGCCACACCGCCUUAGCACGUUUUCUGUUCUCAUCCUGAAGCAAAGUUCUUAACCUGAGGUAAUAUUUCUGGGUUAGCGGAGUCUGUAACCUGAAGCGUAUGUAACCUGAAGCGUAUUUAACCCGAGGUACCACUGUAUACCGAUAUAUCACAAUGUCUGAAAUUGGGUGGUUUUCAGCUUUGUGAGAUACCACCAGCUAAACAUUGCAGUACAGUGGUACCUUGGGUUACAUACGCUUCAGGUUACAUACGCUUCAGGUUACAGACUCCGCUAACCCAGAAAUAGUGCUUCAGGUUAAGAACUUUGCUUCAGGAUAAGAACAGAAAUCGUGCUCCGGCGGUGCGGUGGCAGCAGGAGGCCCCAUUAGCUAAAGUGGUGCUUCAGGUUAAGAACAGUUUCAGGUUAAGAACGGACCUCCGGAAUGAAUUAAGUACUUAACCUGAGGUACCACUGUAUGCUGAUAUAUCACAAUAUUUGAAAUAAGGAGCUGGUUUUCAACUUCGUGACAUAUCCCCAGCGAAACAUAUAUAUACUGAUAUAUCACAAUGUCUAACAUAAGGAUGGAGCUAUGUAGAGGCAUUGGCUGGCUUCACCUUUCCCCCCACAUUGUGAUUUUUGCAUAGCGCACACACAUCCUGAAUCACAAUAUAUUGCCAGGUCAAAAACUAUGAAACUGAUAUCACGAUAGGGACUUCAACCUGGUUUGAGGCGAUAUAUCGCCCAGUCCUAAUACUGAGGCCAUCCUGGUAGCCAUUGAUAGCCUUAUCCUCCGUACAUUUUUCUAAUGGCUGCCCAGAUUUUUACCCAUUGCCAUUCAAGCUUUUACCCAUCACUUCUGCAUUUUGUUAUAGCAAAUCUCCCACCACCUUCCUUGAUUCUUCCUGCAACUCCUCGUAGUUCGCCUCACGUAAAGGAAAAAACCUGGUAUUGGGAGCAUUCCAAAGGCCCGAGUCCAUAGGCUGUGGUCCAAGCAACGAUGCGCUCUUCCUAUUGUAAAGAAACAAGGCCCGUCAGCCUUUGUUUAGCUGGGAAAUGUUGGCUAUGCUCUCUUUUCAAGAUAAUGCCAGUUUCCAUAUAAGGAUAGGAAAGGAUUUCUUUCCAGUAUGAACCUGAGAAUUACUAGGCAGCUGUCUUAACUAAAAACAAAAAGGAAACGGAUCAAGACUGAUUUAUCUCCCAUUCGACUUUCUUUUUAUUUUAUUUUUAAUUCUCAGGUACCAAAAACUCUGGAAGAGUUAUGUGAAAUUGCGCCACCUGCUGGCUAACAGCCCCAAAGUGAAACAAGCGGAUAAGCAGAAACUUGUGCAAAGAGAAGUAUGCUGCUAUUUUAUUUUAUUUUGUUUUAUUUUAUUUCAUACCCGUCCUAAUUUCUCUGUGUGUCUAUAUACCAUGGUUUGUUUCUUGUUUCUUUACGUUGCUGUUGCCUUUGCUCAGACUUGAACCCUGAACCUUAGGCUGAAGAGGGUGUUGGAAAAUAUUGCCACGGUUCUCUGCAAAUAGCACAGCGUCAAUGCAUCAUUGCUUUGUUUCCAAAGCAAUUUAGACCUUUUAAUUUAUUCCUUUCUUCUGUCCCAUGCUCUCUGCCACAGAUUUCCAGAUAUAGGUUUUCCUUUUUUUCAACAACAACAACAACAACAAGACCCAAGAGACAGAAGACUAGGGCUGGUCGAUAUCUGGUUUUCGACAUUGUGAUAUAUCAGCAGCUUAAUAGUGCGAUAUGCUGAUAUAUCAUGAUGUCUGAAAUGUAUCCUGCCUGCAUCUUCUUCCCCAGUUUAGGGGAGCAAGAAGCAACCGAAAUACAUUGCCCAGCCCUACCAAGGCCCGAUAUUGCUCUGGCUCAUGCAAACUGGAGGGGCACCAGGUUUUCAUUAAACUGCUCAGUUUUGGGGACGGCCUUCAGCUGAGCGAGCCCCAUACUGCUCUGUCUCAUGCGAGGAGCAUAUGGGGCUUCCUCAAAGGUGCAGACAGCGUUUGCAGGCCAGUCCCUGCUCCUGCCAACCUAGCAGUUCGAAAGCACGUCAAAGUGCAAGUAGAUAAGUAGGUACCGCUCCGGCGGGAAGGUAAACGGCGUUUCUGUGCGCUGCUCUGGUUCGCCAGAAGCGGUUUUAACAUGCUGGCCACAUGACCCGGAAGCUGUACGCCGGCUCCCUCGGCCAAUAAAGAGAGAUGGGCGCCGCAACCCCAGAGUCGGCCAUGACUGGACCUAAUGGUCAGGGGUUCUUUUACCUUUAAUGUAUUGCCAGCUCAAAUGGCCCGAAACGGGUGUCGCAAUCUGAACGCCGAUUUAUCAAUAUAUCGGCCAGCUCUACAGAAGCCUGAGCUUCUGGACCAACGGUCAAUUUCUGGCGGAUUGCCCUGGGUCUGACAGAAGCAAAAAGAAGAGGCCUGCCAGAUCCGGCCAAAUCCUGUCAGAUUCAGCGUCCGGUUAUCACAAUGGCCAAACAGAUGCCUCAGAUUCUGCAGUUCUUGAAAAGAAUGCCGGACUUAGUGAAACUUGAUCUGACACACCAUGGCGCUUUCUGUGUUGGUAUGAUCUUAGGCCUUUGAGGAGCUGCUCAGGUGUUGCGUGUGGCUCCUGUCCACACCUCCAGUGUGUUAUUUGCACAAACCUGGUAGUCAUUUUCCCGGAACGUGCCUUAUAUCAAGGUGGAUCGUCGGUCCAUCUUAGCACCAUCUACAUUGAUCAGCAGAAGUUUUCUAGGUUUUCAAGACAGGAAAUACUCAGGUUUGAUACAAGCCCAGGUUGGGAGUGGAAGAGCAGAUUGAUAUGGUAUUAUUUAAGUGUGAGAAAGACGUUGGAACUCUAAGGCCAAGCACUAGGGCCCAAAGGCCACUGAACUAUCCUAGCGCAUAGGGCAUGGGUAGGCAAACUAAGGCCCGGAGGCCAGAUCCGGCCUAGUUGCCUUCUAAAUCUGGCCCGUGGACGGUCUGGGAAUCAGCAUGUUUUUACAUGAGUAGAAUGUGUCCUUUUAUUUAAAAUGCACCUCUGGGUUAUUUGUGGAGCCUGCCUGGUGUUUUUACAUGAGUAUAAUGUGUGCUUUUAUUUAGAAUGGGUUAUUUGUGGGGCAUAGGAAUUCAUUCAUUAUUAUUUUUCAAAAUAUAGUCCAGCCCCCCACAAGGUCUGAGGAACAGUGGACUGGCCCCCCGCUGAAAAUGUUUGCUGACCCUUGGCAUAGGGGGUGGGGGGUGGCUAUUCUCGUCUUCUUAUGGCGUGUUUUGCUCCAAUGUCCCAAGCAGCGAGUGAGAGAAGCCCCAUUGACUGAAGACUCUCUUUUCUGAAUGCACGUAGGGGCAGUUUAGGUUGCUCUGCUGAGCUAUCCCAGGUCAGGUCCUACAGAGAUAACCCCCCCUUUUUGUUUUUUUGCUUUAAAGGAAGCACUUCAGAAGAUUAGGCAGAAAAACACCAUGCGUCGUGAGGUGACCGUCGAGCUGAGCAGCCAAGGCUUCUGGAAAACGGGCAUCCGCUCCGAUGUCUGUCAGGUGAGUGGAUACCCUUCCGUAUCCCUAGCGAACGAAGCAUAUGCAUUUUAUUUAUGUGUGUAAAAUCUGAGGCAUGCGGAUGAGGCGGCUGGGAUAGGGAUGGCGAGGGAGGCCCCCCUCCCCGGCGUUGCUGCCAUCUUCCAAGCCAAGGGCCUUCAACUCUCUCUCAAGAACCUCUGUUAUAUUCCCUUAAAACUCCACAGUGCAUAAGUUGGCAGUGGGAGGGGGAAGGGACAUGCCCUGCUCUUUUAGAAAUGGUGGCCAUUUUGCAUUGCGCCACACCCCUCAGUUGUGUUAUAGCCCCCCACCCCUUUUGCCUGCUGAAUGGUUGGGCAGGAAAAAACUGCCAUUGGCAGCAACCAGGGCAUUCUGGGGAGCACUGGUUUGGGCCCUUUGAAUUUGAAUCCAGCCUUGCUGAUGGCAUAAGGCUCGAGGGCACAAUAAUCUGUCUGCCCCCUUCCCUUUCUGAGCUGGCCAGCCUGCUCAGCAGGGCUGGAGUUAUGGCUCUAGCCCAGGCAUCCCCAACCUUCGGCCCUCCAGAUGUUUUGGACUACAAUUCCCAUCAUCCCUGAGCACUGGUCCUGUUAGCUGGGGAUCAUGGGAGUUGUAGGCCAAAACAUCUGGAGGGCCUGCUCUAGCCCCACUCUUAAGCCCCACGGGGGAGCAGCAGAUUCCUGGGGUGUGAUCAGGGCCAGAUUUAGGUUUGAUGAGGUCCUAAGCUACUGAAGGUAAUGGGGCCCUUUAUAUGUCCAACUGUCCUUUUUCAACAACAAGUUGUUGCUCUUUUGUGUUGAAUAUAUGCUACAUGGUAAUUUAUGGACUUAAUAUGUAUCGAAAGCCGUUUGCACAUGUUGCCAUGCAACUAGUCCAUGCAGAAUGUUGGCACCCUAUAUAUAGAAAUGAGCAAACCAGUGAUAUUUUAGGGAGCAGGCGGGGCCCAUUACUUACAUCAUAGGGGCCCACACAACACAAAACACUGUUGCUGUAUGUAGGUUUUAUUUUAUUUGUUUUUUAUCUUAUAUUUUGGAAAUGUACAUCCGGGUUUUUUUCCUUUAAUAUUUUUGGGCCCGCCAAGAGAGUGGGGCCCUAAACUGUAGCUUGUUUAGCUUAUACGUAAAUCCGGCACUGGGCAUGAUCCGCGUAAGGGAUGGGUACACAGCCUUGUGCAUGAAGAAUCUCCCUGUUUUCUACUACCCACAUGUGUUUGCGAGCGCAUGUGUGUCUCCCCCAAAUCCUCACCCAACCUUUCUUCUCCAUGCUUUCGAGUUAACCAUUGCAUUUCACACAGUAGGGGUUGACCACUUCCCUGCUAUUGUCCAAACAGAAGCAUUGUACGGGCAGGACGCUGUGAAGCAAUCCUGAACCCAAAAAAGUUCUAAUGAAUUUGAAAACCUGCUUGGCGCAGUAAUAAUGCACAUGGCCUCAGUGGUCCAGAGUGCCUUCUGUCAGCUUCGACUGGUGGCCCAGCUACGCCCCCAACUGGACAGGGAUAGCCUUACUGCUGUUGUCUAUGCUCUGGUGACCUCAAGUUUAGAUGACUGCAAUGCAUUAUACGUAGGGCUGCCUCUGAAGACGGUUCGGAAACUUCAGCUGGUGCAGAAUUCAGUGGCCAGGUUGCUCAAGACGCUUUGAGCAUAUUACAUUGAUCCUGGUCCAACUGCACUGACUGCCGAUUAGUUUCUGGGCCCAAUUCAAGGUACUGGUUUUGACCUGUAAAGCCUUAAAUGGCUCAGGACCGCAAUACCUCAAGGACUGCCUCUUUCCAUAUGAAUCUACCCAGACCCAGAGAUCAUCUUCUGAGGCCCUUCUUCAUGUGCCUCCUCCUUGAGAGGUCCAGAGGGUGGCAACAUGAAAACAGGCUUCUCUGUUGUGGCUCCCCAUUUAUGGAACACUCUUCCCAAGGAAGUUCGCCUGGCACCUUCAUUCUAUACCUUUAAGCUCCAGGCAAAAACAUUCCUCUUCAACCAGACCUUUGGUUGAUUUGAUUGACAUCCUAUGCCCUUUUGAAAAUGUAGGGAUUUUUUUUUGGGGGGGGGAGGUGUUAUUGGGUUGUUGUUUUUAUUUUGAUUAUGCAUUUUGUGGUUUUACAUUUUGAUUUUAUUCUGUGAACCGCCCUGAGACCUCUGGUAUAGGGUGGUAUAUAAAUUCUAAUAAUAAUAAUAAUUAUAAUAAUAAUAAUAAUAAUAAUAAUCUGCAGCAGUGUCUCAUACCGAAUGUAAGCAAGUUGCCAAAAAGACUCCAUGAAUUGAAAGUGGAGACACUGUAUGCACUUUUCUUUGCUUGCUUGUUGCUUGUUUAAAUCAUCAUCAUCAUCUACAUCAUCAAAGAAUUAGCCGGGCAGAUCCAAUCUUAUUGCAUGACCUGCUGCGUAAACCUAAAAAUCAAUCUACUGUUCUUGUAGACCAUUCUUAUAGUGGCUCAUGUGCAAUGUGGGGGAUUUGAACCGUGGUCUCCUAGGGACUAGUCCAGCACUUCAACCACUUCUUGAAUACUUGAAAAAACAUAGGGCUAAAAGUUCCAGGUAAAUAAAUAAUGGCAAUUCUUUCUCCUAGCAUGCCAUGAUGCUCCCUGUUCUGACUCAUCACAUCCGCUACCAUCAAUGUCUGAUGCAUCUGGAUAAACUGAUAGGCUACACUUUUAAAGAUCGCUGCUUAUUGCAGGUAAGGACAUAGACCGAAAUGCGCUCCCAUGUGUUUGAAGUUGCAAUGUGGCUGGGAAAAAAGGAGCAGGGAAUAGAUGUGCUGGUAAGUUUGCAUUAGUUUGUGGGCGGCAGAGCCAGAGAACUGACCAGGCCGACCUGGAGAUGGGGGCUGAUGGAGACAGCCAAUCAGGGAGCCAAAGAAUGAGUCGGAAGCACCGGCCAUUGGCAGCACAUGGUGCGCAGAGAACCUUGUUGGUUCUGGAGCAGAGAGAGGCGCUGGAUCUGUACUGAUCUGUAAAAACACUUUUUAAAAAAGCAAUAUAGCUCUCAGUGCCAUUUCCCAUUGCUCUACAGCGCCCUCUGGUGUCACAUGUUUAUAACGUAUUUUUAGCGUUUUAAAUGCCCCAUGUAGAUGAGUCCAGGGAGUUGGUUGGAGGGGGGUCAAUGAAAGAAUGGAGAGGGGUGGAAUAUAAGGAGAAGGACGGGGGAACUGUUUAUGUUUAUAAGGUGGAGGUAACCCAAGUAUUCUAGAUCUAGUCUACCUGCAUUCCUGUGAAUACGAAACAGAGGUGUCAGACAAUAUGCUAUUAAAAAGCAAAGAUUUUAUCAUGCCUUAUAUUUUUACAUGGUUAUUGGCUUCAGCAAUCAGAUCCUCAUGUUCAGUUUUCUGUUCCUUUUUUAAUUAUUGAGAGUUUUUCAAGUGAACAAAUAGAGUAAAAAUGGAAAGCGUUGAAAAGUAUACGCCUUUUCCUUUCCCCCACAAUAUGCAGUUUCAGUCUGUAAUUUUAGAGCUCAGAAACUGCUCGCGCUCAUGAAAUUCCCUGUCACAAAACGCACCCGGAACAAUGGGAGCUUCGAACUCUGCCUCUAACCGUUCUCGUGUUCCUGGACUAUAAGUUGUCUUUGGAACUGAGUUGCAACGUUUAGCUAUUGGCGCUUACUGACACUGAGGAUUUGAACAACCAAAACUUCUGAAGUUGCUUGAUCGGUUGUGAAAACUGGGGGUGGUUCUGCGCUGCUGAAAUUUCACGGCAGCCGUCCGUUUUAAAGAUUUGCAGCGACUGGAAUGAGCAGUGCUGGCUUACGGGGCUGUUUUGUCUUUGCUUUGGGAUUCUGCCGCCUUUACAGCUGGCCAUGACUCACCCAAGUCAUCACCUAAACUUCGGGAUGAAUCCAGACCAUGCCAGAAAUUCUUUGUCCAACUGCGGCAUCCGGCAGCCCAAAUAUGGAGAUAGGAAAGUCCACCAUAUGCAUAUGAGGAAAAAAGGUAGGUUUUGCAUGCCACAGGGCGGGCACCACUACCAAGAAGGCCCACUGCCUGAUUCCCUGAUUAGCCUCACUUCUCGCAUAAGGUAUACUUAUGUGUCAUUGCCAGGUGGUCGUGCAUCCUGGUGCUGACGAGAGCCAGCAUGCCUUCUCAUAAGACCGUUUCGCAUGUUGUGUUCUCUUCGCCCGAGUGUCAAUUGCUGUUCUGCAACGAGGUGGCAAAAGUAGGCAGAGGUCUUUUGCUGCUUGCAUGUAGAAAUCUAGGUUUACAAGCCAAACUUUUUUUGCAUAGUUCGGUCCCCAUUAUUUUACUAGCUGCAGGAUGGUUGUGUAAAGUAAAUCCCAUUGAAUUCAAUGGGGCAUAUUCCCAAGUUUGUGGAGUUAAGAUGGUCAUCCGAGUUGAAUGGAUAGUUUGCUAAAAAAAAAGGGAGACUUUCCAGACUAAGGUGUGGAGACGAUGGGCUUUACACGUGGUGAAUGCCCAAAGCCAAAAAGGUUGCAGGUGGAUUUUGAUUCUACAGAGGUACUUGGCUAUUGUGAUACAGAGGUAGCUAUUGCUAUACAAACCUAUGUUAUAAGCUUUUUCCCCUUCAAAUUUUUUUCUUUUCAGGUUUAUACAUUUCACUAAUUUCACAAUCAUUUUAACAAUUCAAAACGACUUCUUCCUCUUUCUGUGGUUCUUUAAAUUUAUUUUUAAUAUCUUCUGCGUAUCCUAAUUAAUUUAAUUUACUCAUUUAUUCAUCUACUUUAAAUAUAUACUCUUAUGAAACUGCAGGUUAUUACAAUAAUCCUGCCGAUGCUCUUAACUGUUUACAAUUUAUCUGCAAAUAUUCAAUAAACCAUUUCCAUUCUUUUAUUAAAAGUUUGUUAUCUUGAUUUCUUAUUCUUCUGGUAAGUUUCAGCAUUUCUGCAUAUUCCAUAAGUUUUUGUAUCCAUUCUUCCUUUGCUGGGACUUAUUCUUCUUUCCAUUUUUGGGCAAGUAACAUUCUUGCCGCUGUGGUCACAUAAGUGAAUAAGUUUCUAUAUGGUUUAGGUAGUUCUGUCCCUAUCGUUCCCAAUAGAAGAGCUGCUGGGUUGUUUUUUUUUAAAACAAACGUUAUUUUCAACAUCCUUUUCAAUUCAUUAUAUAUCAUUUCCCAAUAAGCGCUAGCCUUACUACAAACGUAUGUCAUAAGCUUAAUCAUUUACUGUUCAGAUAGGGUAAAGGUACCCCUGACCAUUAGGUCCAGUCGCGAACGACUCUGGGGUUGCGGCGCUCAUCUCGCUUUACUGGCCGAGGGAGCCGGCGUUUGUCCGCAGACAUCUUCCGGGUCAUGUGGCCAGCAUGACUAAGCCGCUUCUGGCAAACCAGAGCAGCGCACGGAAACGCCGUUUACCUUCCUGCCGGAGCAGUACCUAUUUAUCUACUUGCACUUUGAUGUGCUUUCAAACUGCUAGGUGGGCAGGAGCUGGGACCGAGCAACGGGAGUCCCCCCCCACCGUGGGGAUUCAAACCGCUGACCUUCUGAUCAGCAAGCCCUAGGCCAGGGGUCAGCAAACUUUUUCAGCAGGGGGCCGGUCCACUGUUCCUCAGACCUUGUGGGGGGCUGGACUAUAUUUUUUGGGGGUGGGGGGAAAUGAAUGAAUUCCUAUGCCCAACAAAUAACCCAGAGAUGCAUUUUAAAUAAAAGGACACAUUCUACUCCUGUAAAAACAUGCUGAUUCCCGGAUCAUCCGCGGGCCGGAUAUAGAAAGUGAUUGGGCGAGAUCUGGCCCCCGGGCCUUAGUUUGCCUACCCAUGCCCUAGGCUCUGUGGUUUAGACCACAGCACCACCCUUUUACUGUUCAGAUGACAAUACAUAAUUCAAAUUACUGGAAGGUUACUUUUGUGCUGAACCCUUAAAAGAAAACGUGCCUGUUUAAAUGGGGUUACCUUCUAAAUAUCACGUGGUCUGUAUUUUUUCCCCCCCAGGCAUAAACACCUUGAUCAAUAUCAUGUCACGUCUUGGGCAAGAUGAUCCAACUCCUUCCAGGUACGCAAACAACAUAAUUUCUGGGUGGUAGUUGUUGCAAUUACGAGCUCGCUGGCCCAUUGCAGUAAGUGGGAUCAGAACAGAACUGUUAAUGAUAAUAAUAAUAAUAAUAAUAAUAAUAAUAAUAAUAAUAAUUGUAUUUAUACUCCACCCAUCUGGCUGGGUUUCCCCAGCUUUCAGUUAGGGGAAACACUGCAUUUCCAGCAAUAGUUGGAACUGCUCCCAGUAAACCUAUUUGUGGCCUUUGCACCUUUCGCCUCUUUGCAGUACCCACCUGGAAUUCUGCUGAUUGUUAGCGAUUUCUUUCUAGCCUUAAAAACACACUCGGGUUACCUGCUUUCCGGCAAAUGUCCAAGCGCUCCCGGCAAGCCUCUUUCCGUGCCAGUGCCGAAAGAGCGCGCAGGAAAAGAGCAGGAGGGGUCGCGAUGCCGUACCACGCAGAGGAUUUUGAACUCCCUGCAAGAUGCUUUCUUUUUCUUCUUGCAUGGCACCGUGCCAAAAGCCUAUAGAUGGCCUAGGAGGAGGCUUCUCUUUAAAUCAUCCAGGGCUAUGGCAGGGCACGCGGAAGCUGGUCUCAGCAUGCCAUUGCACAUCAUUAUCUUUUCCUUUGGUUAAUAAGUUGACACAACAUUACGAUCAGCCUUAUUACCUUUCUGGCUGCCUGUGGUUUUUUUGUGCCGCGCAGAAGAAACCCAAAUAUCCACUGUUGGGCAUCGGAGGAUUGCACGUUGAAAACCGAAAGCAGUGGGAGCCUAACUCUUUUUUGCUUUAUUGCCCCAAGGAAUUGGCCGGCUGUUGUUUAUCCAUUGCUAAUUACUCAUAUGCGUAGGGAUCACGUGUAACGAUCCCUGCAUUUGUCUGUUUGCAGGAUCAACCACAACGAGCGCUUGGAAUUUUUGGGAGAUGCCGUGGUUGAAUUUUUAACUAGGUGAGUAUUCGGUUCACUCCUAAUGCACUUUCUGCUAUAAAAUCAUACCUUACUCAUUAAAAUAAAACAUUUAAAAAUAUCCUGAUUUGUUUCGGGCUAUCAUGCAGUUGAAAGGGUAUUCUGCCAAUUAAAACUCCGAUGUCAUUUAUUUAUUUUUCUUCCGAAACACCAAAGACCUCUGCUGCUUUAAAAAAAAAUCAAAAUCAAAAGUAGACAUUUAUGUGUCGCUUCCAGUGUGCUAAACAUGCCGAAAUCUGUAAUUCUUCCAUCUCCCUCUUUUCUUGCAAGCUAAAUUGGCGUCAUUCCUGCUUUACAGAUAUGGAAGAGAGGCCCUUAGAGAAUCAAGUCUCUUGUUUUCUUUUCUUUUCUUUUCUUUUUAAAAAAAACUAAUUUAUUAGCUUUGUUGUUGUUCAAAUAGGCCACACAAAAGUCUUUUUUAAAAAAGAAAAAGAAACAAGAAGUAAUUUAGAUAGCGCUUAAAAUGCUUCAAGCACGUUCCUGUCUGUAUCUCAGUUUGCUUAGGACUAAGCUCAGAAUUGGGACGCGGGCGCUGUGGGUUAAACCACAGAGCCUAGGACUUGCAGAUCAGAAGGUUGAUGGUUCGAAUCCCCACGACGGGGUGAGCUCCCGUUGCUUGGUCCCUGCUCCUGCCAACCUAGCCGUUUGAAAGCACGUCAAAGUGCAAGUAGAUAAACAGGUACUGCUCCUGCGGGAAGGUAAACGGCAUUUCCGUGCUCUGCUCUGGUUUGCCAGAAGCGGCUUAGUCAUGCUGGCCACAUGACCCGGAAGCUGUACGCCGGCUCCCUUGGCCGGUAAAGCGAGAUGAGCACCGCAACCCCAGAGUCGGUCAUGGCUGGACCUAUUGGUCAGGGGUCCCUUUACCUUUAAGCUCAGAAUUGAACCCAGAUCCAAUUCUAGAUAUUCUGUCAUCAACUGGUACCUUUUGCUCUCUAGUUUGUCAGCAACCCCAAAAGUAGAUGCAAAAGGUUUUUGUUCUGCCAAGUCCGUUUCCCCUGCCUCGUGUCUUCAUUUGAAGUUUCAUUCCAAGCCGAGGGCCUAAAGUGUAAUACUCUGAGAUGAAAAGCUGAUGCCUGUGUCCUGUCAGAUGUAAUUGAGAGUUGCUCAUAACAGCUCUGGAGAAUGGCUAGUCUAGGACCAAACGCUUCAAAGUUUAUAGCCGGCAAAUAAAAGGAAUACAUCAUUUUGGAACGUGUCAUCUUCCUGUCACGGAGCUCCUUCAUCUUUCCGGCUAUAAUCUCAAGCAAAAAGUGUGUUUGCAAAUAAACUUUGAAUCCCACCCCCCACCCCCACCCAAUUCUCUCUCCCAAGUGUGGGGUUAUUACUCAUUAAUCCCGACUUCAUAAUGGCGCACUUGGCGUUUUGCCUUCCGGUAGUUUGCAGUUUCGUGCUCGUGUAUUUGGAAUAAAUCACUAACAUAUUCCCAGUUAAUGGAAGGUGGCUUUCAUUUUUCCUGCAUAGGCUCUUCUCAGAAAGAAACAAAAAACCCCGACAAAAAUAAUGUAAAAUUGACAUUUUAUAGCCUAGUGAAAACAGCAGCCAUUUCCUUGGUAAGUGUCAUUUGUGACAGCAGGCAGCACCCAAAACUCCAGGGUGGGAAAUUUGAAGCUCAUUUCCAGAUCUCAGGUGUGUCCGUUUGUAAUGGGAAAAGUGGUCUACUUAUGUAGAGAGAGGCUCCAAAAGUGUUAAGAUGUUACAGAAGAAGAAAAGGAAAAUGCCAUCGGUGCCUUCCAACAACUACUUUGAGAUGAGCGGCUUUUUGCAUUGUUUGGUUUGCAUAAAACCGUAUGUGGGCUUUUAUCUCUGAAAAUAGCAGGGGCUGAAGGAGGACAGAUUUAUUUAAUGCUCAAAAACAAGCUCUCUGAGUACUUCUAUUUACGUAAACCUCCGCAGUGCAUUUUUACACGUAAUCUUUCUGAGGCUCGAAAAUUGGCACCCUGAGCAUAGAACUUUCUUCGUAGGGGCAGUUCUGGCAGCCAAAACGCCUCGGUCUUUGUGCGAGUUUGCACAAAAGAGAUAGUCUGCCUCGUUGAAGUCAGUGGGGCCUGUAUAGGAUUGCACCUUUUGGUUGCAAUCCUUUGCACAGUUAUCUCGGAGGAAGCCUUGUUGUACUUAGUUGGAUUUACUUCUGGGUAAAUCUAGGAUGAACUCAGCAGAACUUGCUUUCCAGUGAAACUUGCUGCCCUUCUUCCAUGGAAGUGCGGCCAAGAUAACCAACUUAAAGGAUGAACACAAAAAGGAGGCCGUCAACCUAGCUUUGUAUUCAACUACACCUUACUCAGAGUAGACCUGUUGAAGUUAGUGAAGCUAAAUGAAUCAUGUCUCUUAAUUUCACUGAGUCUGCUCUAAACAUGACCAAUAUGACCAAUAACUUGCCGUACUUUUCCAUGUAUAACAUGCCCCCAUGUAUAACACGCUCAGUAUUUUUGGGGAAGAAGAAGAAGAAGAAGAGUUUGGAUUUGAUAUCCCGCCUUUCACUCCCUUUAAGGAGUCUCAAAGCGGCUAACAUUCUCCCUUCCCUUCCUCCCCCACAACAAACACUCUGUGAGGUGAGUGGGGCUGAGAGACUUCAAGGAAGUGUGACUGGCCCAAGGUCACCCAGCAGCUGCAUGUGGAGGAGCGGAGACGCGAACCCGGUUCCCCAGAUUAGGAGACUACCGCUCUUAACCACUACACCACACUGGAAAGAAAAUGACCCAGAGUUGUGCAGCUUUUUUAGGGAUGCAGUAAUUCACCAACCCAACAAAUCACCCAUCACCCCACCCACUACCCAUCUAUAAAACGCCCCUAGUUUUUAAACCUUAUUUUAUAGUAAAAAAACCAACAACAACCCUCGUCUUAUACACGGAAAAGUAGGUAAGUAUCCCCUACAUCAGAUGAACUAUAAAUCCCACAUUCCCUGCCUAUCACCCUUGCUUGCGGGAGCUGAUGGGAGUUGUAGUUCAGUAACAACUGUGCCAUAUUAAGGACCAAACGCCUAGGUUCAUGAAAAUGUUUUUGCCUCAUGCAUAAGAGCAGACAAUGAUGGUUUCUUGCGGGGAGAGGCAGUUUCUGAAAUAACCUGUUAAGUGUCUCUGCCGUUGAGAGAUUUACGGGUUUUGAUGUGCCUUUUCUCCUUUCUUUCCAGUGUUCAUUUAUACUACCUGUUUCCAAGUCUAGAGGAAGGGGGCUUAGCCACAUACCGCACUGCCAUCGUUCAGAACCAACAUCUUGCCAUGCUGGCCAAGGUAACAUAACAAAUUUUGUCCCCCACAGUUUGAAUUGGCUUUGAAUUGCCAAGAUAGAUUCAUUAAGUGAAGGUGGGCGAUCCACACUUGUGUUUUUCUUGGGGCCACACUGCAAUCUCCUUGUAGGCAGAAGAGUUUUAUAUCUUAUUAGAAACAGGACCCAACUGGGCGUGCCUUGGUGUCAAGAUAUUUUGAGAAGCAGCCUCCAAAUGCAGCCAUAAUUAGGGUUGGGGGGCAGAAAACACCGCUUUGUGCUUCUGAGGCCUUGCAAUGUACUACAAGAAUCUGUCUGGGUGGUGACCAAUAUGCUUUAGAUGUUUUCUUUUUAAAGGUACUUAAAUUAGGAGUUUAAUUAGGAGCUUUCAGUGGGAGACGACUAUGCUUCGGAAUACACAUGGAGCGUUUUCUUUUCAGCACAAUUCACUUUACGUAUGUCCCCUUUUAUACCCAACUUAUGAAAGGGGCAUUAACAACUAAAUUGUUCCGUCUAUGUAACAUGGUAGAGAAAGUGGACCGGAGCAGAUAGACAAUGGAGGGCAAAAAAAAGGGGGGGGAGCAUUUGGCCCAGGAUUAUGUGUCUGUUUACUAUUUAUAUAAUUAAAUAAACAUUUUCCCCCUCCGCUCUUCAGCCUAAAAACAUGGGCUGACAUAGUAAUAUAUUUUAAAAUGUAAUUUAAAUAUUGCAAGAGUUCUUGGGGGGGAAAUGAACUCACGCAGUUAGUUGGUCUUCCAUUGGGAAAAUUAUUUAUUUAUACAAUAUGCCACAUAUAUAGCCACCCAGAGUGGCUGGGGAAACCCAGCCAGAUGGGUGGGAUAUUAUUAUUAUUAUUAUUAUUAUGAGCCAUAGAACUGCAGGGUUGGAAGGAACCAGUAAGAUUGUCUAAUCCAACCCCCUGCAAUGCUGGAAUCUUUUGCCCAACGUGGGGCUCAAACCUACAACCUUGAGAUUAAGAGUCUCUUGUGUUCUGCCAACUCAGUUAUGUCAAAAUGGGAUGCGUAACUUGUUCAGGGUUGAUAGUUUAAAGAGGCUUGUAAUAAAAAAUGUAGAAAGUGGGAGAAAGACAAAAAUGGUCAUUGCACAGUAAAAGGAUGUCAAUGUGGCUUAAGGUUACAGGUGGGUCCUUGUUCCGAAAUAGGCUACCUGCAACCUGCUUUUAUCACAGGCUUGUGAAAGUAAACAAUGGUUUUAAAGAACCUUGCAAAACAAUGCAGUCGUGGCACGUCGGAAGGGAAGACCUGUUCGAAGCAGAUCAGGUUGAGAAGGUCAGAACCGUCACAAUGGGUUUCGGCAAUAGGAAAGUCAUCCCUGUUGGUGACAAUGACUAAUAUUUCAGGCUUCAGAGGAAGCAUACAAAGAGACUUCUCUUACCAAUUAGCUGCCACAAGUUGACUACUUUGCUGGUUUUGCACAGUUUAGUUGGUGGCAUAAUAAUUUAGCCAGUGCUUUCUGUCUUUCUUCCAUGCUUAUAAAUUUUAGAUCUUUUUUUCACCUUAUGCAAUGACGUUGUGUGUCCUCCCCAGCCAGCCAACUCAGAUCAGCUUUAUCUGGAGUUUAGCAGGGAAUUUCCCCCCCAUCACCAUGUUAGGCAAAGCUCCACUUAACUAAAUAAGAGCUCUGCACCCCAGAUAGUUUGAGAUGUAUGCCCCUAUUUUUCUUCGUUUAUGAAUUUAGCUUUGUUUUUGUUUUUUGAAAAAUAGAAUCCAGACCUCUGUUUGUAACCCUCUCUUUUGUACAGUGGUACCUUGGGUUACAGACGCUUCAGGUUACAGAUGCUUCAGGUUACGGACUCUGCUAACCCAGAAAUAGUACCUCGGGUUAAGAACUUUGCUUCAGGAUAAGAACAGAAAUGGUGCUCCGGCGGCGCGGCAGCAGCAGGAGACCCCAUUAGCUAAAGUGGUGCUUCAGGUUAAGAACAGUUUCAGGUUAAGAACGGACCUCCGGAACGAAUUAAGUGCUUAACCCGAGGUACCACUGUAUGCUUAAAAAUUGUUCCUCGCCAGCGCUGCUUCUGAACGCAGCCAUAAAGCAGAGCCUGCCUCGUAUUUAAAACUACUGAAAGAUUUACAGGUGUGCUAGAUGCUCCUGAAAACAUAGCAGUGACUUAGUUAUUGCCCCGAGGGCUUCCGAUUGAUCUUUCAAUUUACUUUCCUUUAACCAGUGCCACUUAACGCUCCCAAAGAUGCAUAGUUCAUGGAUUCCCCUCCCUUUUAUUUCUUGGGGACCUCAAAAGUCCCUCUUCUUCCAUUUUAAUUGUCCUAUUGCUCACACUUUUUUGUUCUUUACCUCAACGAUGCCCACCCAAGCUUCACGUCUGGGCCAUCAUUCUCUGGACGUCUCUGGAGCCAUGAAUAUAAAGCAGGCAGGUUUACAUUUCCUCAUGGUCUGGUCAUCUCUUUUUAUCUUUCCCUUUUGGAUUUAUACCCCUCCAAUUCAGCUACAAAAAGCUCUCGAGACAGAAGCGUCCCCCAAAUUCAGGAUUUGGUCUUGUGGUCCGAAGUAGCACAUCUUAAUGAAUUGCUUUUGCAGUCCAGAGAGUCGUCGUCUUCUUCUUCUUCUUCUUCUUCUUCUUCUUCUUCUUCUCCUCCUCCUCCUUCUCCUUCUCCUUCUCCUUCUCCUUCUCCUCCUCCUCCUCCAUCUUCUUAGUUUGCCUCUUGUUUGUUGCUUUAGCCCUGCAGAGAGAAUGCACAGAUAUCUUCCUGGCUUUUUGUAGAAUUUGUGGGUCUGUCUUUCUGGCUCGUUUGAAGUACUUUCUCAAAGCCGCUCAAUGUUGAUUUGGGAUGUGGAAAGGGAAAACCUUGUUUGUGAGUUGGACUUGAUAACCCAGCUACCAUUCCUAGCAAUGGUGGCACGGAAAAUAAUCCCGUUAUUUUGCCACUCUGUGCGUGAAGCUUUGGAGAGGAAGGUCCAAUAUAUUACGUGGCCUCUCAUGGGCUGUGGGAUCGGCAGAAAUCUUAAAUAAAACAUGAAACACACAUAAUUCUGAACACGGAUGAUUCCCUGAGAUCCUUAGCUUUCGUCUGUAAUUAACAAAAUAGGCGAAUGUAUUUAUGCUGCACACAGUGUACAGGUGUUUCAACAAAUGUCUCCUUCAGGAUUUGUUGCUGUUUUUCAAAUCUGGGGGGAUGGAUGGGGAAACAAAGGAGAGAUUGGUCAGUAGAAGUCUCCAUGGGUAGAGAACGGGUUUUUCUGAUGCACCCCGGAAACAAACUAGGGUUUACACAAAUCUCCCUUGUCCCUUCUUCUUCAAUCUGCCUUGCUUUGAAAAUUCCUCAGCGGCUUUCUGCCAAGCAGAAUGAAUGCAUUAAAAGGGGAAGUCUAAUAACUCUGGAAUGUAUUUCCACCCCAGAAUUAGCAUGCAUUACAUAACGCCUCUGAUUUUAAGACUUGAAGGAGAUUAGCAGAUGACUUGAUGUGAGGACAUUCACAUGUUGGAAAAGCUAGGUGGAGCUGUGGCGUAAGAAACCAAACGCGGUCUCCCUCUCUCUCUCUCUCUCUCUCUCUCUCUCUCUCGUGCUCAGAGGCAUAUGCUUGAAUUUGCUGCGUGUUGUUAGGGCAGAGGGAAAUAAAAUCAUUAGGGACAAUUUACAGAUGCAAUAGGGCGUUGUUUAGAUUUUGCUUAUUUCCCUCUUUUCCUUAUUCCUCCAUUGUGGUGCAUAUUCUGUUUCUUCUUCUUCAGGAGUUAAAGCAAAACAAAAACCUGCACUCCGGCGACAUUAUUCUAACUAAGCUUGCUCCUUCCUUCUCCUGUUUAAACGGCAGUUUCCUCUCUUUGCCUCCUUAAUCGUCCGGGGCCUUGUGCAGCCACGUCACUGGCUCCCCGCAAACCGUGGUUUUCAAAUCUGAACAAGCCUCUCCUCCUUCCUUGCUCCUUUUUCAAGCAAGGUUCCUUCUCAUUUCCCAGGACCAAACCACGGUGCGAUGAGGCUGAAGGAGACGCUCUGUUUCCCAACAUUCCUCGCACCCGCAGUUUAGAAUCAGGCCUGGGUCAGUGUUCGAAACUCCCAUUGUUCCUGGCGCAUUUUGCAACCGGGAAUUUCAUUAGUGUGAGCGGUUUCCAAUCUCUGGGUGCGGUCCUGCACCUAAGAUUUCAGAUUAAAACCGCAGAGUGGAAGGAAAGGAGGACCUUUUUCUGCCUCCUCACUUUCAGCCACUCUCCGAAGGCUGGAGAAGAGACCCUCUUAAGAAUAUUAGGGGGGUGGGCAGGGGAAGAACUUAGACCACGUGAAAAAGGAACAUAAUAUUUUAGCUGCAGUUCCUUCAUUUUCAGCUUUGUAUUCUUGCUGUUAAGGGAUGCGGGUAGCGCUGUGGGUUAAACCACAGAGCCUAGGACUUGCCGAUCAGAAGGUCAGCGGUUCAAAUCCCCGGGACGGGGUGAGCUCCUGUUGUUUGGUCCCUGCUCCUGCCAACCUAGCAGUUUGAAAGCACGUCAAAGUGCAAGUAGAUAAAUACCUACCGCUCCGGUGGGAGGUAAACGGCGUUUCCGUGUGCUGCUCUGGUUCAUCAGAAGUGGCUUAGUCAUGCUGGCCACAUGACCCGGAAGCUGUACGCCGGCUCCCUUGGCCAAUAAAGCGAGAUGAGCGCCGCAACCCCAGAGUCGGUCACGACUGGACCCAAUGGUCAGGGGUCCCUUUACCUUUACCUUUAUUCUUGCUAUUAAAAAAGCGUGCCUGGGCAUUCCAUGGUUGCACCUAUAACCUCGCUUUAAAGGUGCCUUUUAGCUCCUAGCUUUCUCGGUUUCUGAAGCUGGCCCAGGUGUACUGAGGGAUUGCAGGGCUCAAAGAAUAGAGUUGUGGAGAGAGGAGUUAGUAGCCACAGAGACAACACAGAGUGGGGUGGGGUUUGGAAAAGUUGUUAGACUGUUUCUGUAUGCCACAACUGCAGCAAGAAUUUUGUUAGCCAAAAAGCUGGAAAUUACAAGAAAUACCAACAGUGGAGGAAUGGCAGAUGAAGAUGAUGGACUUUUUGGAGCUGGAUGAUCUGACUGGAAGAAUCCGCGAACAGAAAGAAGAGGGGUACCAAGAAGAAUGGAAGAAAUCUAAGGACUAUUUAGCUAAAUACUCUAAGAUAAUAUAAGUAGAACUACUUGUAAGUACCAAAUUGGCCUAGGAGCUAAAUAUGUUAAAUUGUAUAACAUUAUGGAUAGAAGAUAAUUUGAAAAGAAAGACAGAUGUUAAUCGAUUAAGUUAAUUUUAUUUGAAAGUAGUACAGUGGUACCUCGGGUUAAGUACUUAAUUCGUUCCGGAGGUCCGUUCUUAACCUGAAACUGUUCUUAACCUGAAGCACCACUUUAGCUAAUGGGGCCUCCCGCUGCCGCCGCGCCACCGGAGCACGAUUUCUGUUCUCAUCUUGAAGCAAAGUUAUUAACCUGAAGCACUAUUUCUGGGUUAACGCCGUCUGUAACCUGAAGCAUAUGUAACCCGAGGUACCACUGUAUUGGCAAACUGCUACAAUGAGCUGUAUGGAAACUCAGCUAGGGGGAUUCGAGGAAGUCAUCUAACAAUGAUAACAAAAUUGGGAUUUUAAUAGUGAGGAUAAAUAUUUGUUUUUUCUUUUUUAUAUUGUAAUGUUUUCUUUAUGUUUGUUAUAAAUUUGGAAAAUUAAUAAAAAUAAUUGGGAAAAAACAAAAACAAAGAAUGGGGUGGGACAUAGGGCAUGACAAAGAAAGAUCAUGAGGACAGUCUGAGGUUGCAGAGCAGGGAAAACUGACCUGUAUGAUGAGCUGGGCAUUUUAGGUCAAAGAACAGCUCUUGGCCUGCAGAGAACUGAGAAAACCCUGCAGCCCUGCAAAGAAUAUCACACACGGUUUCACAUUACAUCCCUAUCACCGCAAGCCCUGGCUUCCCCCCAAGGCUGUUUUCUUCAUAACCAUGGUGUGCAAAUUCAUUUCAUUCCACGGACGCAGUGCUUUUUGUAAGCAGCCAGUCUGUACUAAGCCUGGGCGCCUGGACAUGUUUUCUGCUCCUUUUUAAUUUUUCAUUUACGAUUUUCAGUUUUAUACAAUCCGAUAGUCACUUUAACUUUUCAAAACGUGACUUCCUUCCCCCUCUUCCUGUGGUUCCUUAAAUUUAUUUUUUUAUAUUUCCUGCCUAUUACAAAUUAGCUGAACUGAAUCAUUUAUCCAUCUCCUUUAAAUGUGUACACUUUUAUUACAAUAACCCUGACAAUAACCCUACCAAUGUUCUUCUCUGUUUACAGUUUGUUUGUAAAUAUUCAAUAGACCAUUUCCAUUCCUCUAUAUAAAAAAUGUUGUCUUGAUUUUUCCGGGACAUUUCGCCAUUUCUACAUAUUCCAUAAGUUUCGGUAUCCAUUCUUCUUUUGUCGGGAUUUCUUCUUCUUUCCAUUUAUGGGCAAAUAACUUUCUUGCCACUGUAGUAGCAUAUAUGAAUAAAUUUCUAUACAGUUUGGGUAGUUCUGUGGAUACAUUUUCUUCAGACUUUUUAUAUGGAUGUACCUCUUGUUGUUUUCUUUCAGUGACUCAGGUCUGAAUUGCUGCAGUAAAAUUCAGUAUAAAUGGAACUUUACUGAAAAAAUACAGGCUUUUUUAUUAUUAAAAAAGGGGUGAUAGUUUAAACUCAAUAACAGUUGAAUGCAAAUUCUUUCUAGUGCCAAAUCGCUAUGGAAGCAGUGUGUUGUUUUCUAAAUGCGUGACUUGGCACUGAAACAGACCAACAUAGAUUUGACUGUUCUGAAGUAAAACGUGACCCAUCCCAACCGAAAUGGCCUGUGAGAGCAAAGCUAUAAAAAAUAACUUGGGAAAAGAUCUUCGCUUUCUUUUCUUUUUCGGAUAAGUGAAAGGAUUUUGAUUUCAAAGCUUUCUAAAGUCCUUUGCAGGCAUUCAGUGUUGACAGAGGCCCAGGAAAAAGACUUGUGUCAGCUCAGCUUCAAAUAUGUGCAUGGGUUGUAUUUAACUAAUCUUCACACAGACUAGACCAACUGAUGUUAACAGUCGUGUCCAUUAAUUUCAGUGAGUCUACACUCAGUAGGACUAAUACAGUAAAGGUAAAGGGACCCCUGACUAGUAAGUCCAGUAGCGGAUGACUCUGGGGUUGCGGUGCUCAUCUCGCUUUAUUGGCCGAGGGAGCCGGCGUACAGCUUCCGGGUCACGUGGCCAGCAUGAUUAAGCUGCUUUUGGCAAACCAGAACAGCACAUGGAAACAGCUUUUACCUUCCCGCCGGAGCAGUACCUAUUUAUCUACUUGCACUUUGACGGCCCUGCUAGGUUGGCAGGAGCAGGGACUGAGCAACGGGAGCUCACCCCGUUGCGGGGAUUCAAAUUGCCAACCUUCUGAUCGGCAAGCCCUAGGUUCUGUGGUUUAACCCACAGUGCCACCCAUGAUCUUUGCAGUUCUUACCCGUAAAAAUUUGUUCUGUGAACUGCCCUGAGACCUCUGGGUAUAGGGUGGUAUGGAAAUUCAAGAAAUAAUAAUAAUAAUAAAUAAAUAAACAUUGGUGUAUGUGCAAAUAGUGAUGUAGAUACUGGGGUCUGGGAUACUGGAGUCUAUUGUACGUAGCACCCAAAGUAUGGGUGUUGGGAAGGUCUGGGAACAGGGUGGGUAUGCUGGGAGUGUGAUUGAGGCAGAAUGGUGUGAUCCUGAUUCUCUACCCACGUAGAGAAUAUCUGCAUAGGGUUAACAUCAGAACCCGGGAGGCAACUUCAAAAUACGUUUAUAUGAAAUACAUUUUAACUUCCAAUUUCUGUAUCCUUUUCUAAAGACCAGCGUUUGAAACUCCCAUUGUUCCAGGUGCAUUUUGCAACAGGGAAUUUCAUCAAUGUGAGCGGUUUCUGAGCUCUGGGCGCAGGACUGCGCCUAAAAUUUCAGAUUAAAACCGCAGAGUGGAAGGAAAGGAGGACAGGACCUUUUUCUGCCUCCCCACUUCCAGCUACUCUCUGAAGACAGGAGAAGAGACCCUCUUAAGAAUAUUAGGGGAGUGGGCAGGGUAAGGACUAGACCAUGUGAAAAAUGAACAUAAUAUUUGAGCUGCAGUUCGUUCAUUUUCAGCUUUGUAUUCUUGUUAUUAAAAAAGCGCGCCUAGACAUUUCGUUGUUGUGCUCUUAACCCCUGUUUAAGGCGCCCUUUAGCUCCUAGCUUUCGUAUCUCAGUUUCUAACACUGCUAAAGACAUUUUAAAAGGCUGGGCUUCAUUUUCAUUCCUGAGGAUACCGUUCUACAGAGUGUGAGUACUGUGGGAUUAAUGCAACAUUUCCAUCAACUAUAAUUUGGCAUCUACUACAUUCAUCAAAAUGUCAUGCAAAUUAUAAUAAUUAUGUGCAAGUAAAUUGGCCAGUUAGCUUUGCUCUCCACCCCAUUGUGUGUUUCCAAUUUGACCUUCAGCACUAAACAAGUUGUCCGAAGAUGCCCUAACGUUUACAUAUCCCUAACAGUGUGUCUUCCAUGUUUUUCUCCACAGUGUGUUUGGUCUGUAGUUUGGGGCCUCUUUCAUUUUACAGAAACUGUCUUGGUCUUUUGUAGAAGCUGGAGCUGGAUCGAUUUAUGCUUUAUGCUCACGGGCCCGAUCUUUGUCGAGAAUCAGAUCUGCGUCAUGCAAUGGCCAACUGCUUUGAAGCGUUGAUAGGUGAGAUACCUUCGCUGCGGCUUUUGUCAUGCUAAUUGUGUGCUUUGUCCAGUGUUAAUUCCCCGUAUCUGUAAGAAUUUCUGCUUUGGAAAUAAGUCCGCAAAUGGCUCUUCGACGUGGUAGCAAAAUGAAUAUCAGUUUCUCAAGACAAACUUAACAGACAGGAUGUCAUCUUUGUGCUCUGUUUGUGUGGUUACCAGGACCUGCGACUUGCUUCUCUUGGACUCUGAAGUCCGGUUCAAACAAGCCACAGUUUAUGAAGCCAGGAAUGAGCAUUGAGGCGAAGCGCUUCUCACUUCGUGCAACAGAAUCAGAUCACGUCUUAUCAGCCUAGUUUGUUGACUAAGCCAGUUUCCCAGUUUGGACAUAACAGGGCCUUAAUACAUCCCAGGGAUGAAUAAUAAUAAUAUAAUAAUAAUUUAUUAUUUAUACCCCGCCCAUAUGGCUGGGUUUCCUCAGCCUCUGUGGAUGGCUCCCAACAGAAUAUUGAAAGCACGAUAAAACAUCAAACAUUAAAAACUUCCCUAAACAGGGCUGCCUUCAGAUGUCUUCUAAAAAGAUUUCCUUGACAUCUGAUGGGAGGGCAUUUCACAGGGCAGGCGCCACUACCGAGAAGGCCCUCUGCCUAGUUCCCUGUAACUUCACUUCUCACAGUGAGGGAACAGCUAGAAGGCCCUCAGAGCUGGACCUCGGUGUCCGGGCUGAACGAUGGGGGUGAAGAUGCUCCUUCAGGUAUACUGGGCUUUUGAGGCCAUUUAGGGCUUUAAAGGUCAGCACCAACACUUUGAAUUGUGCUCAGAAACAUACUGAGAGCCAAUGUAGAUCUUUCAGGACUGGUGUUCUAUGGUCUUGGCAGCCACUCCCAGUCAGAAACGUUGAAGUCAGUGCCCGUCUUGGAAAAGAGAAGGGAGGAGAUGAAGGAGGAGCAAUCAGUGGUGCUCAUUCCCAACCACAUAAGUUGUGGUUUAUGAAGCCAGGAAAGAAAGUCCAACCUGAGACAGAAUAUGGACCAGUAUGACUGUGCUGUGAUCCAUCAAGUCAGUUCUCCGGUUCCUACUGUGAGGAAUUGCAUCUGACUUCUGGCAUAAGUACAAAUACCAGGUCAUCAAAACAUUUAUGAGCUAAACUGAACAAAAUUAAACUAAAUUAUGCUGGUGGGAUUUAAGGUUACAAGCCCAAUGCAUGUUUAUUUGGAUUUGGGCUCUGCUGACCUCUGUUUAAGCUCUUGUUAUUCUGAGUAGCAGUAAUGGAAUGGUUUCCAAACUGGUUUUAAAGCUAAGUGCUGUUCGGUAUAAGGAAUUAAGUAGGCCCUGUCUGCCGGCUUGCAGUCUCUUGGACAUUAUAGAAGGAGGAACAUAAUAGGAAGGGAAACUGUGACAGGGGAAGGGAUUAACUAAUGGAUAAAGACCAGAGGUUAGCACGCCUGACUCGAAAAGCUAUUUAAAAAAUGACAUCUGAUGGAGAUGUUCUAGCAACAAGAGGGAUGGCGUUGCAACGAUCUGGAAUAACGAGAAAAACAGUGUAGGUGAGGAGAAACUGCUGAGAUUUUGGGUUUGAUGAGGAAAGUGCCUUUAGAACAUAAAGAACAAGGAAGAGUAUAGAGGAACGAGAAGCAGGAAGAUGAGAUGGAGCCGUAGCAUGGAAACAUCCACGAAAAGAAGUUUAAAUUGGCUUCCAUUUCCCUAUAGGCCUUAGGCUAGACCAGGAAGGUGAUGAAAACCCUUGGUAAAAAGCAAAGGAGCUGCAGGAUGUAAAAUAAAUGAGAGUGGCCAAAGUUAAGAGAAAGGAUGACCAAGUGUUUUCCGGUAAGAGAAGUAGGCAAGGUAUUUGUAGUAGCAAUGGAAAUAAAGGAAUGCUGGGAGAUGCUUAAAUGUUGGGACCGGUGAGAAUUAGCUCUAGCAAAAAGACAAGGAAGAUCAGUCGAAAAGAAGCCUCCAGUGCAUACUUCUUCAGGAGAAAUAGAGACAGAACCAAUAAAGAGGAAAGAUGAGAGCCAGAACUCAAAGGAUAAAUCAAAAAUUCAGUUUUAAAUGAAUUCAGUUUCAGAAAAGGAGCAGGCAUCGUUCAUUAAGAAACAGCUGAAAGGCAGGCAGAGAUCUUAAACUGGGAAAGAGAAGCUGGGAGUGGGAAAAUGCAGUUGUAGGCUACCGGCUUGAAAAAGGAGCACUAAAGGAACGAGUAAGGGAGUCUGACAGAAGUAAGGUAAAUACAUAGCUGGGAGUUAAGGACAAAAUCUUCUGGAACGCCAGCAAAAAGAAAGAAAAAAAGAAAGAAAGAAAGAAAGAAAGAAAGAAAGAAAGAAAACUUUCAGUGGGGAGUGAUAGCCAUCUUCAAAUACAGUGGUACCUCGUGUUAGAGACGCUUAAGGUUACAGACGCUUCAGGUUACAGACUCCGCUAACCCAGAAAUAGUGCUUCAGGUUAAGAACUUUGCUUCAGGAUGAGAACAGAAAUCGUGCUCCGGUGUCGCAGCGGCAGUGGGAGGCCCCAUUAGCUAAAGUGGUGCUUCAGGUUAAGAACAGUUUCAGGUUAAGAACGGACCUCCGGAACGAAUUAAGUACUUAACCCGAGGUACCACUGUAUCUAAAGGGCUGUCACGUGGAGGAUGGAGCAAGGUUGAUUUAGCCUUCUCCGGAGGGUAGGACUCGAACCAAUGGCUUCAAGUUGUAAGAAGUGAGAUUCGGACUAAACAUCAGGAAGAACUUUCUGAUGGCAAGUGUUCAACAGUGGAACAGACUCCUGCGAGAGAGGGGUGGUGGGCUUCCCUUCCUUGGAGUUUUUGAAGCAGGGGUGGGGUAGCGUUUGUCAUUAUGAUCUAGUUGAGAUUCCUCCACUGCAGCGGGUUGGGCUAGAUGACCCUCAAGAUCCCUUCCAAUUCCACAAUUCUGUGAUUCAGCGAGAAUCAAAGGUAUUGAAGAUUAGAGAAAGAGAGUCGGCAGCAGACGAGGAAAAAGAAGCAGGGCAUCUAAGUGGAGAUUGAAAGGGGGAAAGCCGAAUUGUGCCAUUGUUUUUUUUAAAACAACAAAAGUACAAGUAUAGAAGAAACAGACAAAUGGGAGGGGAGAAAUAAAAACCCUAUCAUAUCUGCUGCUGGAAACCAAUUGGUGAAGCCGAGUGGGGAAAUGAAGAAGGAAUUGGAUGAAGGAACCACAGGAGUAGCAUCAUCUAAUGGGGAAAUCCAUGUUUCAAUAAGAGCAAAACAAGAAAAACGAUGAGAGAUAGCAAAAUCAUUAAGUACGACAGCUUUAUUAACUGCGGGGCGACGGUUUAAUAAAGUGCAAGGAAGGAAAGAUGCCACACAAGGAGGGGGAGGGAGAUUAGCAUUGCAGCGUUGUCGAGAAAUGGGAGUACCCUGGUUACCAGCAAAGGGAAAGAGAAACGGAAUGGAUCCAUUACUGCUAAAAUAGUGAAAAGUGUGUGUUGGGGGGUGCGGGAAACACCCUGGGAUUCCAAAGCAGUCAGAAUAAUGAAGGGGGUGGGAGUGGGGGUGGAAAAAUGCUAAUUGAUAAAUGGUGAAUGCUAAUUUAUAUGUAUAGUUUUUUAAAUUUAUUAACGUUCUUAUGCUACAUCAGUAAACCUUAUCCUAUUACAUCACAAGGCUUAUUAUAAUAUAAUUUUCAGCAUGUAUACAAAGUUUAUAUACCUAAAGAAAAGAAACAAGGAAACAAGGACAAUAAACUAUUCCAAAAUCAUAUAUGUACCAACACUUUGGACUUCCUGUCUAUCCCGUUGUAUAUUCCUUUUUUACAAAUGAAUGUACUCUUAUUAUUGUAUAUUUCGAAUGCCAAUUGGUAAAUGAUACUUUGCCUUGCUGCCUUCCUAAAGGGGCUUGUUGUGUCUGAUGAUGACAUCUAUGAUGGUGUUCUCCAAGGAGGUGUCCGAUUUUUAAAUUUCAUGUUAUAUUUAUUCAUUGAGUAUAUAUACCGCCCUAUACUCGGAGGUCUCAGGGUGGUUCACAGAAUAAAAUCAAGAUGUAAAACUGCAAAAUGCGUAAUCACAAUAAAAACAACAACCCAAUAACGCUCCCCCCCUCAAAAAAGCCACAUUGGAUGUCAACCAGAUCAACCAAAGGCCUGGUUGAAGAGGAACGUUUUUGCCUGGCACCUAAAGGUGUAUAAUGAAGGCGCUAGGCAAAUUUCCUUGGGGAGAGCAUUCCACAGGCGGGGAGCCACUGCGGAGAAGGCCCUGUCUCAUGUUGCCACCCUCUUCUAGACCUCUCAAGGAGGAGGCACAUGAAGAAGGGCCUCAGAAGAUGAUCUCAGGGUCUGGGUAGGUUCCCAUCAGCCCCAACCAAGGUAGCCCAAUGGUCAGGUAUGAUGAGAGUUGUAGCCCAAUGACAUCCAGAGGCCACCCCAUCAGCUACCCCCGCGCCUGCUGCUGUACCUCCACUCUGUCUUGGAAGAGGCUGUCCCCAUCACACCUUGCCCUUGCUAGUAAUAAUGGCAGCGGCAGCUGGAUCCACUCGGUCCUUGUCUUCUGGUCUUGGCCUCCUAGUUUGAUGCUCUAUGGACCUCUUGUUAGUCUAAAUCAAUCAAUCAAUCAAUCAGUCUUUAUUACAGUCCAGAGACCCAACAAAUCGUUGCAAAGCAAUGCACAAUUCAGACAGCCUACCUCCAGGUUAAACAAGCAUUUUGUUCAGACUUAAAGAUAGGGAUGACUGGUUCUUGCAACCACCGAUAAAAACUUUGCCGCUGCUAAUGUUCUAGCGUUUGUCCGGUCUUCCAAUAAGAACCUGACAUAGUGAGCCUCUGAUUUUCCCGGGAGAGGUACCAGCAAGGGUAAUAUCAGUCUAAAUCCCUUUGUUCCUCAAGGGGACGGGUAGUCAUCAGGGAGACGAGAUAGAGGGAAUUGGAGGAAAAGGGAGACGAGGAGAAAGAGGGGUGGAAAAGAAAAGAAAACUCGCAAGCGAUGGGAUGACACAGAACAGAACCGCCUGAAUCUCAUCCUUAUGCAUUUUGCCUUGCCUUAGAAAAUAGAUUCUAGCUCUUUGGGUUCUGCCUUGGGCUAUAUUGCGUUUCGUCAGAUCAAGAUAAGGGGGUUGUGGGUGGGGGAAGCUGUGCUUUCCAACUCUGCUUCGCUUCUUACACACGCUUUGAUGUUCAGCGUUUAAAAAAAUAAAGGGGACGGGGGGGGGGAGAGCGGUUUGAUUCCAGCACUUUUGGGACUUUUGUCUCUCCUAGGAGCUAGCUGCCAUUUAUUUGGCAAAGGGAAGCCAGGGCAUCUUGUCUGUCUGUGUGUGUGUGUGUGUGUGGUUUUUUAAUUUUAAUUUUGGUCGUCUGUAUGCCUCAUGAGCCUAGGACUUGCCGAUCAGAAGGUCGGCGGUUUGAAUCCCUGUGACGGGGUGAACUCCUGUUGCUCGGUCCCUGCUCCUGCCAACCUAGCAGUUUGAAAGCACAUCAAAGUGCAAGUAGAUAAAUAGGUACCGCUCUGGCGGGAAGGUAAAUGGCGUUUCUGUGCGCUGCUCUGGUUUGCCAGAAGCAGCUUAGUCAUGCUGGCCACAUGACCCGGAAGCUGUAUGCCGGCUCCCUCGGCCAGUAAAGCAAGAUGAGCGCUGCAACCCCAGAGUUGGCCAUGACUGGACCUAAUGGUCAGGGGUCCCUUUACCUUUACCUAUGCAUCAUGCUACGUGGGGCUGUGGUGGAGCGUUGGCCCCAAGCAUAGCAAAGGGAAGCUUGCGUUUCGUUUGGCAUUUGUAGGGGUCGUCGCAAAGCGGCAGACUUUCACAAACCAGGACUGAAUAAUAAGGAAGUGCCACUCAAGUACAGUGGUACCUCAGGUUACAUACGCUUCAGGUUACAGACUCCGCUAACCCAGAAAUAGUACCUCGGGUUAAGAACUUUGCUUCAGGAUGAGAACAGAAAUCGCACGGUGGCAGCGGGAGGCCCCAUUAGCUAAAGUGGUGCUUCAGGUUAAGAACAGUUUCAGGUUAAGAACGGACCUCUGCAACGAAUUAAGUACUUAACCCGAGGUACCACUGUGCGUUCUUAUGUGUGUGUCUGGGUCUAAAUCCCUUUGUUUCUUAAGGGGGACGGUUCGUUAGCAGGGAGGUGAGAUAGAGGGAACAGCGGAUAGGGAUGAGAUAGAGAGGAUCGGCUAAAAAUGGUUAGUCCUUGUUUAUUUUUUGAGCUGUUUAAAUAUUCCCUUUGCAGCAGGUAUGAAGAACCUUUUUUUCUUUUUCUUUUGAGGGGUAAUCCAUUGGGGGUAAUUCUGUCAGGGUUUGUCUGAUGACUGUAGACAAGGCUCAAGCCAGCAGUGGAUCCUGCCACAGAGAAAGAAAAAAAAAAAUCCACUCUUUAUGCCUCUGGGUAUAGGGCGGUAUAUAAAUUCAAGAAACAAUAAUUAUAAUCUCAUUCUGUCCUCCUGCUCUCACCAGAACAUCUAGGCAUUUUCUUUCUUCCUGGCUCAGGCUCACAGCUUGCAUUCCCGGGCAAUCUCUUGAAUGUUAAUGCGCAUCUUACGGCAAAUUUUGUCACGCAGGGGCGGUUUACUUGGAGGGCAGCCUGGAGGAAGCCAAGCAGCUCUUUGGACGCUUGCUUUUCAACGGCAAGGUAUGACUUUAUCCAUAGCCUCGUUGAGCCUUCCGACACGUCUCUUGCUUACAGAAUCAAUCUGAGUUAUGCUGUGGUUCAUUAAAGGGAGUGUUUCAAAGGAAAACAAAAAGGCUUCCUGCUUUUCAGAACAUCCUGGCUUUAUAUAGCAGCAACAUUUUUUUUUUAUUGUCAUUAAGUGUUCUCUGCUGCAAAACAGGGAUGCGCGGGGUGGUUUUCAGAAGCAGCACAGGGAGUGUUUGUCCCUUCUCUCCCCCCCCCCAUGCGCUGCUUUUAUUUUAUAAUCCCUCUUUCCCCCACUUGACGCAGCAAACACCCAUUCAGUCAUUCGUUCAAUUGGUUAGAGCAGGGUUUCCUGAACUCGGGUCUCCGGCUGCUGUCGGACUACAAUUCCCAUUAUCCUUAGCUCCCAGGGAUGGUGGGAGUUGUAGUCCCAAAACAACUGGGAAGCCAAGUUUGGAAAACCCUGAAGAGUAUUUAAAUGCCACCCUAUAAUGGAGUUGGGACGCAGGUGGCGCUGUGGGUUAAACCACACAGCCUAAGACUUGCCGAUCAGAAGGUUGGUGGUUCGAAUCCCCGCAACGGGUGAGCUCCCGUUGUUCAGUCCCUGCUCCUGCCAACCUAGCAGUUUGAAAGCAUGUCAAAGUGCAAGUAGAUAAAUAGGUACUGCUCCGGUGGGAAGGUAAACGGCGUUUCUGUGCGCAGCUCUGGUUCGCCAGAAGCGGCUUAGUCAUGCUGGCCACAUGACCUGGAAGCUGUACGCUGACUCCCUUGGCCAAUAAAGCAAGAUGAGCGCCGCAACCCCAGAGUUGGCCACGACUGGACCUAAUGGUCAGGGGUCCCUUUACCUUUACUUAUAAUGGAGUUAUCACCCGGGAGGGGGGAUCAGAACCAGAAAUAAAGCUAUUUAAUAUUCAGCGACAAUAAAAAGCAACAUAAAUACAGUAUAGGAUCCCGUGUUUCAGAGGCUAAAAACAGGCUAAAGGGCUUGGGAGAAUAAAAAGGCCUUUGUGUGGCACCCGAUGACACCAAGGCAGGCACAAGGUGAGUGUCUCUGGGGAAGACAUUCCACAGCUGGGGAGCCAACACUGAAAAAGGCCCUGCCCUCCCCUAACUCAGUGGGAAUGCUCAGAGAAAGGGUUCCAGAGAAGAUCUAAAAUUCCAAACAGAUCUAUUCUGGUCCCAAACUGUGAAGGACCUUAAAGGUCAUUUGGAGUAGAAAGUGUCUAGGAUUGGGGGAAGUCGAGGAGGUGACAGUGAUUGUAAGUGAAAAGCAAAAGGCAUGGAGAAGGAGAUGGAUCAGCUGAGGCAAGACCCUUCAGGUAACUGGCCUUCCUGAGCUUCCUCAACACAUGCAUACAGUUCUUCUCCUUUACCCCAGUGGUGUAGCAUGGGUUGCCAGAGCCCAGGGGAUCGGAGGGAGGUAAAUAGACAGAGCACGCAUGCGCCACCCAAGAGAUUGCAGGCACAAAUAUAAGAAAAGAAGAGUUGUUCAGUUGCCUGGAGAGGACACUUCCUGGUUCACAUGCAGAAGAUGUUUCCAGCAGAUCCCAGUGUUGGAAGCGCACAGCUGUAUUGAGGCAGCACCGGGUGUUGAAAUUUGGUGCCCCCUAACAAUUUUGUUCUCAAAAUUUGUGUUCUCGAAGCUACUAACAUGAGUUUGACCAAACUGCGGGAGGCAGUGGAAGACAGGAGUGCCUGGAGUGCUCUGGUCUUUGGGGUCAUGAAGGGUUGGACACGACUAAACAACUAACAAAAAUUCACCACUGCUCUACCCUGGCUCUGAUCCUGCCAGGGCUCACAGCUUCUGCUGUUCACUGACUCAGCUUCCUGCAUCCCAGCCCUGAAACAUAAGUGUUAAGAUGUAAUUGGUUUUGUGCAUGCAUCUGCCUUCGAGUAUAAUAGAAUCCUACUGUAUUAUGUGGUCACGUUCUUUGGGUUUGUGUUGAGGUUUCCCCUCCCAUUCAGAUGUAAGAUGUCCCUUUCAGGCUGGGGUUCUUAUCCUCUUAUCCUUUUUACUAAACUUUUAAGCAAAAAAAAAAAAGGGGGGGGGAGAAGGUAACCUGUUACAUAGUUCAAGAAUUGUGUGUGUGUUCGUUUUCUCCUUCCACCUAAUGGAUAUGCACUAAAUGGAUGCGCUACAGGCAGUUUAAGCAGAGAGUGCCCGCUUUCAAAAAAAUUAGCUUGCCGGCACUAUUGAAAUCGCAAAAAAAAAAAAGCAGAGUCAGCAUCUGAGCCCAUUUCAGUACUUCGCAGAAUGACAUUUUAUUUAGCAAUGUGGAAUUUGUUAAACGGCUCCCGUGAGCUUUAAAAGCGUCUCUCGAUGUUUGCAGGACCUGCGGGAAGUAUGGCUUAAUUAUCCGCUGCACCCUCUUCAAGUAAGUGUCUCCCUUUUCCGUAAGGAAUUUCAGAGUGCUUUUCUUCUUCUUCUUUCUCUCCCCCCCCCCCCCCCGUUCCCAAGGAUGCCUUUUUAGCAGCAUUCAGCUGCGCUGACAUCUCUGAACGGCUAGCAGGCACAUGGCCUUUGUGAAUUUCUUUUGUGGCUAAUAACUGUCGAGAGCUCGGGCUUGGGGGGGGCAGGGACUUCAGAGUACCUCAGGCAACAGGCAGGGAGUAAUUUGGCAGGUGGGUGGCAGACACAGGACAGGUGAGUGGCAGAUUUAUAGUCGGGUGGCAAAAGGGGGGGAAAUAACCAGACCAUCUUCCUUGCUAUAAAAUCUCCCCAAGUGGAAGAGUUCAACAAAAAUGGGAGCUUUUUUUAGCAGCCAGCAUCACGUGGUCGGCCUCUUACUUCCUGAUUCCUCUCAGCAUCAGGACCGUUCUGGGCUGUGUAGUGACUCUCCCAGGUGAACCUGGGAUCCAGUUCUCUCCCUGGGCAGCAGCCCUAGUAGUGAAUGAACCACAGGGAUUCCUAGUUUGAAGUCAUCCUUGCUUUUGACAGUAAGCUUCCUGGGAAGAAUGCCUAUUCAUUGAGCAUAAUGGCAAGGGUGACAUCAUCUCAAAUUCAACAACACCAUUAAAUAAUGCAUCUGGUGUUUAUAUUUUUUAUAUUUUUUGAAUGUCUCCAUCCCCUUCACGUACAUUAUGGAGGUCACCAGGAAAUCUGUAAGCACUGGCAGUGGUCUCUCUUCCUCCAACUCCAAAUAGUAUUAGAAACGAAUAGUACUUUCAGUAUUUUUGUGAGAAUGAGUGGCAUGAGCAUGUACCAUAAGUGAUUCAUGCUGAAAUCCCACCGUUCUAAACUACCUGUGUAGGUGGUCCACAUACGACUUUAUCAGUCUCGUGAAAGGGCCACAAAGAAGUUGAAAUCCUCUACCUUUUCCCGUUGCAAAAACUCAAUCUAAAUGAUGGCUGAAAGAAUUCUCUGUACUCGGGAUCUGCCCAUAGAAAAACUACUUCUCAGCAAAUGAGGACAAAACCCUUUUGAAAAAUGUUAAUUAUGCUCCUGCAAAACCCCAAAGUAUGAGCAUUGUAUUAUCAUUUAGCCAGCGUUCCUGCUAGCUUCUUGCUGAAAUAAUUUAAUUUGAAAAUACUAAAUUAGAGAAAGAAGGGGGAGGAGUUGAUAGUGAAAUACUGAAGUUACUUGCUAUACACACACACACACAGUCGUACCUUGGAAGUCGAACGGAAUCCGUUGCGGAAGUCCAUUCGACUUCCUAAACGUUCGGAAACCAAAGGGCGGCUUCUGAUUGGCUGCAGGAAGCUCGGAUGUUCGGCUUCCAAAAAUUGUUUGAAAACCAGAACACUCACUUCUGGGUUUCGAUCGUUCGGGAGCCGAUUUUUUCGGGAGUCAAGGCAUUCAAGAUCCAAGGUAUGACUGUAUAUAAAAGAAACAUUUGAACCAAGACUUUUUCUUUAAAAAAAUUAUUAUUUAUGUUUAUCUCCUUCUAAUCCUCAGCAUACAAUUGCUGUCAGGACAGUGGAACAACAGAAAACACGAAUAGGGCCAGUUUUUUAAAAUAAAAAAAAAUCACUAAAAUAGCAAAAGGUGUAAUCAAUCAACUGAGAAAAGCUAAUAAAAAAUAACAUUGUUGAACGUAUGCAGUAAAGGCCAGAGAGCUCAAAGGCUCUAGUGACGUUGAUCUUUUUGCUUCAGAAUUAUCUGCUGCCUUUCAGCCUGUUAAAAAAUAAAAUUGUGGUCCAGGCUUUGUUAAGGUAAUGUGCAGUAGCCACUGAAAAUCUGCUUUGUUGUGUUUCGGCCCUAUGUCUCCUCGGUAAUUUGCAAAGUAAAAAUCAGUGUUCAUUAUUUUGUCAGCUCCAGCUUCCUAAAUUGGGCCUUAAAUCUUUCUUCUAAGUUCACGCUGUUCCUCUGCGUUCAUAUUUCUUUACAGCUGCAAGAGUCCAAUACUGACCGACAGCUGAUUGAGACAUCUCCUGUGCUCCAGAAAUUGACCGAGUUCGAGGAAGCCAUCGGAGUAAUUUUCACUCACGUGCGGCUUCUGGCCCGGGCUUUCACUUUGAGAACUGUCGGAUUUAACCACCUAACCCUGUGAGUUUGUUGGGUGCUCCCCCACCCCCCCGGUAAAGUUUAUGAUUAUUUCAUUUUAGACCAUACCGUAUUUACACGAAUCUAAUGCGCCAUCGAAUCUAAGGUGCACCUCUAUUUUCAAAACCUUGAAACCCCAAAAAAGUAUUGACUGGCGCCAUCAAAUCUCAUGCACGCUCUAAUUUCCGAGGCGUAAUUUGGCCCCCCAAAGGUGUGCAUUGCACCUGAAUAAAUAUGGUGUAUGAAACAGAACAGUUACCGCAGCCGACGAAAAUUAAAAUUUCGGAAAACUAAACUGUAAAAUAGGCCUGGAGAAUGCAUUGAAAAGUUUUAAAACAGAUCUCAGGCGUUCUCUUCCGAACAGGCAGCUUUGUCCGGUUUGCCAGCUGUGGAUGCUCCUGGAUAGGGAUUGCCUGACCACGGUAGACCAACCUCGUGACUGGAUCACUGUCACACGUUCUUUGACUAGAUCACUGUAACACGCUGCCCGGAAGUGCCAGCCGGUGCAGAAUGAGGCGGUCAAACUGCCCAGGAAGGAGCUGUGCCAACAAAUGGACCAUUUCUCCCUCUUCCCUCAAGUCUUCGUCCUUGUCACCCUCUAUGAGUUGGGGGUGGCUUCCUGAAGUGGGGAGACUCCAGUUCUUGUGGAGACGGGAAGGUCAGAGAUCUAAUAAAAUGCGAGGGAAACCACCAUGAGCCCCUCACAAGUCAUGUUGGGCGACAGGAAUGAUGAUCUAAGAGGACAAAAAUAUUGUAGAAAUAUUUGAAACCUAUUUGAAAUGACUCACCUGUUUAGUGCUUUUUUGGGGGACACACACACAGGGGUCUUUUUAUAGAUAAUUAUAUUAUAUAUUAUAAUAUAAUUAUACAGCCGUACUUUGGAUCCCGAAAGCCUUGAAAGUUGAACGUUUUGGCUCCUGAACCCAGAAGUAAAGAUAUGGAAUAUUGGAUGUGUGUUUUAGUUUUUUUCUUUGUUUCUUUUUGCUGUAUUGUUGUAUUGCUUUUUUAUGUUUUUUUUCUUUUGUAUUGUUGUCUUUUUUCUGUAAUUUUUAAACUUUUAAUAAAUAUCAUUUAAAAAAAAAAAAAAAAGGUUUGUGGACAUUCUUUGGAACCCAAACGUCUGAUGCGGCUUCUGUGGCUUCCGAUUGGCUGAAGGAGCUUCCUGCAGCCAAUUGGAAGUUGCGCCUUGGUUUCCAAACGUUUUGGAAGUCAAACAGACUUCCAGAAGGGAUUCCAUUUGACUUCCAAGGUACAACUGUGAUAUUAUUCCAUUAUUCUAUUAUUAUUAUUAUUAUUAUUAUUAUUAUUAAAUGUAAUAUAAUUAUAAUAAUUAUGUAUACUUUUAUAUAUUAUAUAUUAAAAAUAUUUUUAUCACAUUUUCAAAUUUUAUAUCACAAAUUAAACAUUUUUUAUUUUACCAUACAUUUAUCAACUUCCCUCCCCUUCCAACGUUCAUUUCACUUUCCCACCAUUCCUGCAUAUUUUGAUAUAUCCAUCUAGUUCUGUUCUCCUAUCUUCAAUAUUUAUUAUACUGUCAAUUUUACUUUAAUACUGCCAGCGUUUUCAACUGUACACAAUUGCUUCCCAUAUACUCAACAAAAAAUUUCCACUCCUCUUUAAAUGCCUUGUGCAGGAGCCAUGCUAAAUCCUUCGAAUUUUAGCUUACGUGCUGCCAAAGCGAGCCCAACGCACAUGUAGUUCUAUAACGAGGAAAGCUUGUUUUUCUAUCGUAUCAACUUUAUUGAUUUCUACCUCUCUCUGUUUCAGGGGCCACAAUCAGAGGAUGGAAUUCUUGGGGGAUUCCAUAAUGCAGCUGGUGGCCACGGAGUAUUUAUUCAUACAUUUCCCGGAUCAUCAUGAAGGCCACCUAACGGUGAGAUUGCCACCUGUCACUCUUCUCCGAGAGCAGAGUCAGAGGGGGCAGGAGAGACAGAGGGCAGGGGGAAAGAGAGAAGGAAUUGUAGAAGCAGCAAGUGACUUAUUCUGGGCUUAAUGAAAAUCCACAACCUCAGUGCCCUGCCUGCUCUUAAUAAGGUUCUGUUAAUUUGAAGAUGUGAAUCCAGCUGCAAUCAACAAAGUUUUGAUUCAUGCCACCCAGGCAUGAUGUCUUAUCUUCUUUAAAGCAGGUCAAUAGCUUUAAUAACCGCUGCGAUUAACUUGUUCCACCUCAAAACUACAAGUAGCGCUUGUUUCAUUAGCAAGCACUUGGGGUAGACAGAUACUAUGAACAUGAGGUCUGUAGGAAUGCUUUGGGGGGGGCGGUUUCAGGGCUAAUAGGUAGCUCAAAGCAACAAACAAAUCAAGUUUGCCUUUCUUUUGAAGAAUAGCUGCUUCGUUUCAGUAACACGCAAGUGUCGGGUGGUCUCUCGACUGUUCAACUAGACAUUUAUUGCAACUUGCUUACUGUGCCCCAUAGAACUUAAUGGGAGCCCUUUAGAAUCAAUCCUUCUACCCUAGCCGAAUACCCCCACCAUAGAAAGGCUUUCCUACUCAUGCUUCUCCCCCCCCCCCUUUAUCACACGUGGUCCCAGGGCAUGGCACAAUAAGCCGCUUAAAACCACGACAAACCAAUCUUUGAAUAAGUACCAUUGUUAUUUGUUGUUGUUUAGUCGUUUAGUUGUGUCUGACCCCAUGGACCAGAGCACGCCAGGCACUCCUGUCUUCCACUGCCUCCCGCAGUUUGGUCAAACUCAUGCUGGUAGCUUCGAGAACACUAUCCAACCAUCUCGUCCUCUGUCGUCCCCUUCUCCUUGUGCCCUCCAUCUUUCCCAACAUCAGGGUCUUUUCCAGAGAGUCUUCUCUUCUCAUGAGGUGGCCAAAGUAUUGGAGCCUCAGCUUCAGGAUCUGUCCUUCCAGUGAGCACUCAGGGCUGAUUUCCUUCAGAAUGGAUAGGUUUGAUCUUGUUGCAGUCCAUGGGACUCUCAAGAGUCUCCUCCAGAACCAUAAUUCAAAAGCAUCAAUUCUUCGGCGAUCAGCCUUCUUUAUGGUCCAGCUCUCACUUCUGUACAUCACUGCUGGGAAAACCAUAGCUUUUACUAUACGGACCUUUGUUCGCAAGGUGAUGUCUCUGCUUUUUGAGAUGCUGUCUAGGUUUGUCAUUGCUUUUCUCCCAAGAAGCAGGCGUCUUUUAAUUUCAUGGCUGUUGUCACCAUCUGCAGUGAUCAUGGAGCCCAAGAAAGUAAAAUCUCUCACUGCCUCCAUUUCUUCCCCUUCUGUUUGCCAGGAGGUGAUGGGCCCAGUGGCCAUGAUCAUCGUUUUUUUGAUGUUGAGCUUCAGACCGUAUUUUGCGCUCUCCUCUUUCACCCUCAUUAAAAGGUUCUUUAAUUCCUCCUCACUUUCUGCCAUCAAGGUUGUGUCAUCUGCAUAUCUGAGGUUGUUGAUAUUUCUUCCGGCAAUCUUAAUUCAGGCUAGGGAUUCAUCCAGCCCAGCGAGGGCAAAUCAAAGAGAUAAGACGAAACACAGCUAACUUCAUCUCAGUGCUCAGUCUAGAAAUGAUAUAAUCUCAUCAGUGCCUGUGCAUUGCCAGAAAGAAAAAGGUCAGCCAUGGUUGCAGCGUUCGAAAUUCGCCAGGCACUUUUUGCACCUGGCUAUCGACCACUUGCGAGUAAGCGAAGAUGCCCAUUGGCCAGGAGGGCACCAGUCACCUCCACCAUCUGGAGAUGCGUGCCUGGGGAUCCUUGGAUCUUGAGUGUUUUCACACACCGAUACCCCACCCUGUAGAAUCCUAUCCGUUAUAUGUUAGCUGCGCAAUCAGGAUGAAUUUAAGGAACCCAAAGGUUGUCUUGGAAAACACGACUUUUGAACUGCUUGGCCCCAGAAUGGCAACCAGGCAUUUUGUUUGGGCAACUGUAACCCCAGUUUAAGGAAUCCUUUGGCGCCAAGCUUAUACAUCUGAGUUUCUGCAUAGUUAGGGCGCCAUUUUGCUACACUGACUGGAGUGCGACUACAAUCCAGGAAACUCGCUUUUAUUGACAUAUGAUGCUAUAUCAGUCACCUUUGUGCUAGCCAGAAGGAGAAGCCUCUCCUAGAAAUUUCUUUCCGAAUGCGAAUGAAUCUUUUUUUUAGGGGUUCUGCAGCACAAAGAUCCAGUUUUGACUUUAUGCUGUCCAUCCCUUCCAUUCCCCCCUCUCCUUUGCUCUCUUCUGCAUAUUUCCACUCGGCCAGUAGCUCCAAGGAAGGCUAACCCCUGAUUUCAAAGACCCGAGUGCUCUUUGAACUUGCUGCUGAAGUGGCAGGGCAUUUUAAUGUUUAACCAAAGUUACGUUUUAAGCAGCGAGCGCGUUUUCCCUCCACACCGCUUUCUCCCUCGGUCCCCUUCCUCUGCCUUCUGCCCGAGACCUUCUCUUAAGCAUAAUUUGAGCCUGUCUCCCUUCUGUCUUCUGAUGAAUAAAUAUGACAUGUUAAAUUUCCUUAUCAGCGGGCCUGCCCCCUCUCCCGAGCUCCCUUUCAUCUGAUCAGACUGAAAUAAGCUUUCAAAACUUGCUUUUAUGUUUCGGGCGCGCGUUAACGUUUCGUUUCGCCCCGCUCUCGUGCUUUGCCAGCCCCUGCCCGUAUCGUUCCAUCUUUCACAGAAAUUUCACCUCUGCUGUUCACCCAGCCUUCGCAUCCUAUGCAAAUUGCAGUGUGCCAUUAGGUUCUGCUUUCCGAGCCGCUGGUUCGCUGCGGACGUUGCCCCAACAAUAAGUUGCGUGCUUGUUCUUUUGGAAAGUGGCUGCUGUUAAUUAAAGCGCUGGGCUCCUCUCUUCCUGUCAACCGGCUCUCGAUUCUCAUAGUACUUAAUUCUUCGUCGCCACAGGUGGCUGCAUUUUUUGACAAUUAACACUGCAGUCCUCCUGCGACGGACACAUUGGGGACCAGCUCGCUUUGCCCGGUGUGAGAGGAUUAUAUGUUGCCAAGUCUAUUUACGUUAAAUUGGCUGAAGCCGUAGUAAUAUUCACGGAUCCAGGAUGAGAGCGAUAAAUCGACCGCCUGUUGCCGCGGCUCUUGCAACAUCCUUUAGACAAUUGGAGAGGAUUAUAUGUAAGCAGUACCUUAGGCACCUCCAUCAUUAGCGAGUUACACAGAAGCUCUCUCUGCUUUGUAUGCACAGUGGAAGCAAGAGCACACUUCUGUCGGCAAGAGAAAUUGAGCUUGGCAUAUUUUCUGCCCAUUAGCUUGCUUCAACAGGAAGCUGGACACGAGUCGGGUGCUUCUGACCUAAGACAAAUUGUAGUAUAAUCUUAGGAUAAGCGCAAACCGUGGUUUGCCAGUUUGCAGCAAAUGAUAAACUACAGAUUGCCUCAAGCUAGGAAAGGAGGGAGAGGAUAGCUGUGGGCAGGAAGGAGCACCCAACAUUUCAGGGAUGCGGGUGGCGCUGUGGUCUGAACCACUGAACCUCUUGGGCUUGCCGAUCGGAAGGUCGGCGAUUUGAAUCCACACAGCGGGGUGAGCUCCCGUUGCUCUGUCCCAGCUCCUGCCAACCUAGCAGUUCGAAAGCACACCAGUGCAAGUAGAUAAAUAGGUACCACUUCGGCAGGAAGGUAAAUGGCAUUUCCGUGUGCUCUGGCAGUCGUAAUGGUGGACCGUUGUGCCAGAAGCGGUUUAGUCAUUCUGGCCACAUGACCUGGAAAGCUUUCUGCUGGCUCCCUUGGCCUGAAAGCAGAAAUGAGUGCCGCACCCCAUAGUCCAGAGGUCCUUUGCCUUUUUACCUUACACAACACGUUGGGUACCAUUUAUGUAACCCUAACCCAUGUUUUGGUGUUACAUCUGAACCACUUUGGUGUGUUUUGCAUGCCUCUUUCUUAUUAGUUUUUAUUAAAGUUUUUGUGUGUGUUAUAAAGCAAACAGAUCAAAAGGGAAAGGUACAUUUUUGUCUCCACUUUCAAUUCAUAGUCAUUUUCUCAGUUCGUUAACGUUUGGCGAGAGACACUUUUGUCAUAGACAUCUUUCUGAGACUCCUUCCGUCGCUCCUGCUCUGUAGGGGGAGCCGUAGAGUCACGAGAAGCUGCGUUAGGUCAAGCCAGGUCCAUCCAUCUCAGCAUCACCAACUUUGAUUGGCGGCUUCAGUCUGUGUUUUCCGACAUGGGAUUUCCCAGCCCUAAUGGGGACUGAACCUGGAACCUUCUGCAUGCAAAGCAUGCAGCUGUGUCUAAACCCCUCUUCCCCAAAAUGAGGCGGUAGUGGAUCACUUUUGGAUCCCCACCCCACCGAACAUCAAUCUGGUUUCCAUACAGCCCUCCCUCUAAGAAGCUCAGAACAACAUGGUGGUCCCUCCUCUGUACUCCAGGUAGGCUGUACUGUGAGGUAGGCUAUAAUGAAAUAUAUACCAUGCAAUAAAUUGAACACUCAGACCACACUGGCUGUUCCCUCUCACCCAUGUUCUUAGUCCUGUUCUGGUAGGUGCCUCACCAGGUGUCUUCCUUAUGGGGUGUCAUCCUAAGUGCCCAGGUGAUAAACCUCUUUCAACACCCAUCUACUAUUCUCACCGACAAUGCCUUUGUUGAGCUCUUCCUCUGACUUCCCAGCCACCCAGGUUUCUUGAAUAAGGGCUGCAGCAAGUCAUGCUUAACUACUAAUCUUGCCCGGUGCUCCAGUGAUCUCCAAAUUCCUGUAGCAGGACCCUCGUACCUACAGGACCGCCUCUCCCGUUAUGCCCCACGGAGGACCUUAAGGUCCAUAAAUAGCAACACCCUAGAGGUCCCGGGCCCUAAGGAAGUUAGAUUAGCCUCAAUCAGAGCCAGGGCUUUUUCAACACUGGCUCCAGCCUGGUGGAAUGCUCUGUCUCAUGAGACCAGGGCCCUGCGGGAUCUGAUUUCUUUCCACAGGGUCUGUAAGACAGAGUUGUUCUGCCUGGCCUUUGGCUUAGAAUCAAUUUGACUCCCUUCCCCUCUUUCUUUCUUUUUUCCUUUCUCCUCCUGUGAUGAGGCUGCAUUUUAAUGUUGUAUUUUAAUCUUGUUUUUUAAGUUACAUUUCAAUCAACUUGUUUUUAUUAUUGGUUGUUAGCUGCCCUGAGCCCGGUCUUGUCUGGGGAGGGCAGGGUAUAAAUAAAAUUUAUUAUUAUUAUUAUUAUUACCAAAAAAGAUUAGAGGAACAUGCACCCCUCGCUCCCAUUUGAAAGCAGCCAUUUGAUCGGCAGGAACAUGGCGCAGGAACAUGGGGGAGAGAAUGAGAAACUCUUCUCCUGCGUCACUUUGGGGCUGAGGGACUGAGCAGUUGACCAUGUGUGUCAUACAGAUCAGCAUCAGAAGAAGGUCCCUGGUAUUAAGUGGUUAGCAUGAGCAGCAACUUGGCGUAGGAACAAAAUCUAGCAGAGGUGACUUGGUUUCUUCUGUUUUGCCAAGCAACGGCUGGGGAAAUGGUUCCUCUCAAGAAUUUUGGGGAUGUUCUUACCUGAGCGCUCUCUGUUGUGUCGGUAGCUGUUGCGGAGCUCCCUGGUCAACAACAGAACGCAGGCCAAAGUCGCCGAAGAACUGGGCAUGCAGGAGUUCGCCAUUACAAACGACAAAACCAAGCGCCCCGUGGCCUUACGGACGAAGACGCUGGCGGAUCUUUUGGAAUGUGAGUGCCACCAUCUUCUGUUUCCUCCCAAAGCAAAUCAGGGGUGACGCUAAAGGGGACAGCAGAUAGCAGAAGUGAGAAAGUCCUUAGGCAAGGUUCUGUGCUAUAAGAGAUACUGGGUUUUUUAAAAAAACAAAGAAAACCCCAAAAAACACCAAGUGGGUUUGGUGGAUUGUGGAAUCCAUCAAGAAUGCACAUGGCGUUAGUUCAAGGUGCAGCUUGGAGGGAGAUUUUGUUUCUUUAAACUGUGGUUCUGUUGCAUUUCUUUUGCGUUCCCCAAAAGGUAUAUUGAGCUGUGUGUCUGUAUUGAGGUAUUGGCGUGUGUUUGUUCACUUACUUACAUUUAAUCAAUUCAUCAAGUUACGGCACCUGUUAUUCAAUGUUGGUGCCUACAUUGGCUCCCAGUACAUUUCCGAGCAUAAUUCAAAGUGUUGGUGCUGACCUUUAAAGCCCUAAAUGGCCUCAGCCCAGUAUACCUGAAGGAGCGUCUCCACCCCCAUCGUUCUGCCUGGACACUGAGGUCCAGCUCCGAGGGCCUUCUGGAGGUUCCCUCCCUGCGAGAAGUGAAGUUACAGGGAACCAGGCAGAGGGCCUUCUAGGUAGUGGCACCCACCCUAUGGAACACCCUCCCAUCAGAUGUCAAGGAAAUAAACAACUAUCUGACUUUUAGAAGACAUCUGAAGGCAGCCCUGUUUAUGGGGGUUUUUAAUGUUUGAUGUUUGAUUGUGUUUUUAAUAUUCUGUUGGGAGCCGCCCAGAGUGGCUGGGGAAACCCAGGCAGAUGGGCGGGCUAUAAAUAAUAAUAAUUAUUAUUAUUAUCAUUAUCAUUACUAUUAACUUUGGCCAUAGCAAACCACAUUGGGGAAGGGCUGUGCAGGAGUUUGCACCAGAGGGAAGGAGGAUUGGAGAGAGGGAACAUGUGAUUAUGCCACCUUUUCUUGAUCUCUUAAGAUGGGCAACCAACAUGGUGCUCCCCAGAUGUUGCUGGACUACAAUUCCCAUUAAUCUUAGCCAGAAUUUCCAAUGGUUGGGGCGCUGGAAGUUGUAGUUCAACACCUGGAGUGCAGGCACCAUGUUGGGUUAUCCCCAUCUUAAAGAGAUCAUGAGCAUUAGAUAGCAUGCGGCAGAACAGCAAACAUUCAGUAACACCUGCUUUUAGGUGCCCCUUUGCAAGUACAGAAAUAAAGGGGAAAUAGUUCUUUAUUAUUUUAUUUUAAAUACAGUCAAUUUGCAGUUUCAUAAAUGGCAUUGCUUCUGAAGGUACGGUAACGUAAACCCCCAUAGUGAAGUUUAAAUCCCCUUUCAGCUAAUUUUUUUGAAAAGUUUAUUUGUUUUUUUUAAGGUUCUGCUUCCAGUGCAAGUGAAGUGGCAAUAAAUAACAGGCCAAGGAAGUUAAUCUCUAUCCAGAGCAUUUUAAUACAUUUUGUGAGUUGAGCAGGUCCCGUGUCUCUUGCCAAAUCCUUUUAGUAAAUGGAAGUUGUUCACAAACAAUCGUGAUUGAUAUCCGAAGCACUGGGAGUGUAUACUUUGCAGAGAUUUAUUUCUUAGAAGUUAUAGUCUGCUGGCUAAACCACAGGAUUUAGAAGUCCAGACUCUGUCCCCAGCUCUUCAGAAUGCUUCAUUAAUUUGUCCAGAUUUUGACAAUUCAGUGACUCAGUUUUCAGCCCUUGUCAACGAGAGGUUACAGGCAGAGCCCAGGAUUUGCUCUUCAGUGACCUUGUACUAGAGAAGGGAUAGGCAACCUGGUGUCCUCCACAUUUUCUAGAAUACAACACCAAUCAGCUUCUGCCAGGAUUAGCAAUGGCCAUGGAUGAUAGGUUUUGUAGUCCAGCAACAUCUGGGGGGACGACCAGAUUGUCUAUUAUUAUUAUUAUUAUUAUUAUUAUUAUUACUAGACCAGCUGUGGUGAACUGCAUGAGGAAAGAAAGGAAUUCUUAGAGGAGCAAUUGCUUUUAAGGAGCAAUUGGGAUCUGUCCAGUUAAAGCAUUUAGUGGGUCUGGGGUUGGGGAAGAGAGUGAAUGGGGUUCUUAGGAGUAAGUCGAGGAGAUGAGGUCUCCUGUUUCAUAAAAAGGAGAGCAUUGUUGUUCUUAUUAUUGCUUUCUAUUGAUUUAUUGGUUGGUUGGUUGGUUGGUUGGUUUCCUGUGUAGGAUAUUCUGUUUUUUAAUGUUCUAUUUUUAUAUAUCCUGUAAGCGGUCCAGAGUGCCUGGGGAAACCCAGCCAGAUGGGUGGGAAAUAAAUAAAUAAACAACAGAAACAACGAACAAAAAGGGGUUCAUACCAUAAUUCUGCAUUAACCAAGAAACAUAGCUUAAUAUUUAUUUGCUUUCCAUUUUUCAUGAACAAAACUCAUGACAUUGUUAAUUCUAGUCUGGUCUCCCAAGGGAUUUAUGUUUUGAGAGUUUGAACACCGACCCAGAAGCAAAGGGGGGGCAGAGUGGACACAUGUAAAUCGAUGGACAACCUUGUUCUUGGUGAGACCCUGCGACGACCAUCUGCUCAACUGUACGAAGGACGCCCAUAGCGUAAUGCAACUUUAAAGGGUCUUAAGGAGGGAGAGGACGCGGGUGGCGCUGUGGGUUAAACCACUGAGCCUAGGACUUGCCGAUCAGAAGCUCGGCGGUUCGAAUCCCCGCAACGGGGUGAGCUCCCUUUGCUGGGUCCCUGCUCCUGCCAACCUAGCAGUUUGAAAGCACGUCAAAGUGCAAGUAGAUAAAUAGGUACCACUCCAGUGGGAAGGUAAACAGUGUUUCCAUGCGCUGCUCUGGUUCGCCAGAAGCGGCUUAGUCAUGCUGGCCACAUGUACGCCAGAAGCUGUACGCCCUCUGCCAAUAAAGCGAGAUGAGCACUGCAACCCCAGAGUCAGUCACGACGGGACCUAAUGGUCAGGGGUCCCUUUACCUUUUUUAGGAGGGAGAGGCUGUUGGGAAUGUGACCUACUUCACAUAACCAAUUCCCGACUUAACAAGCCAGCAUGUGGAGGGGGGUGCGUGCCGCUCUGAGCAUCAGAUGUGCUUAUUUGUCGACCACAGACUUGUCGAUGUGGCCUCGUGCCUUCAUCCCACAUUAGAUGGAAGCUGGAGGUUGGCAGAUUAGACAUGCGGCAGUGCAACACUGCUAUGAGAUUGCUCCACGGUGGCCAGCCCACACCUCCCACUUUGGAAUUAAAAGCAAGAGACACUUUCGUGGAACUAUAACCCUUAGGAACCUUUUCCCCAAAAGAGGUCAGUUGACCCUCGCAGCCAUUGAAGUGGCUAGAAGAAUCACACCCUCUACAACAUGACCUCCCUAAGCCUUUUAUGUGCUUCUGGACUGGGCUGAGUUCCUUCCGCUCACCCCAAAACAUGCAAUUUCACAGACUGAAUCCCAUUCCACCCGUGAUAUUUGAUGAUACAGACAAUCGGUUGUCCAGCCCUCUGUUAUUUCAUUUUCUUUUCCCUUUUGGAGACUCUCACCUUUUGGGUACCCUCUCUGCUUGGGGCCUUAACAGACCUCCUAACUCUUCGUUAUGUUUUUCACCUUGUUCCCAAGGUGGUCAAAAACUGUGUUUGCCAAGUCACCUUUCCCCCCUUAAGACGCACUCAAGCACCUGAGCAGCCCGGGUUCUUAGCUCAGAAAUAUUUGCCGUGAGAGACCUUGAGAACACCAGAGAUUCUCUGCAAGUGUAAACUCUUUUUACCCAGCGAAUAACAUUACUCGCAUAUUUGGUUUUUCUCCCUUCCAGCCUUUAUCGCUGCUCUGUACAUAGACAAGGACUUGGAAUACGUCCACACCUUCAUGAAUGUCUGCUUUUUCCCACGACUAAAGGUAGGACUGCUUGGAGUUUUGUACGUAAUGCAGCAACAAAUCUGGGUUUGCCACAGAGUCCCAUCUUUAUGAUAAUUAAAACCUUUGUUCUGUUGCAUGCUCCUGCCAACCUAGCAGUUUGAAAGCACGUCAAAGUGCAAGUAGAUAAAUAGGUACCACUCCGGCGGGAAGGUAAACGGCGUUUCCGUGCACUGCUCUGGUUCGCCAGAAGUGGCUUAGUCAUGCUGGCCACAUGACCCGGAAGCUGUACACUGGCUCCCUCGGCCAAUAAAGCGAGAUGAGCGCCGCAACCCCAGAGUCGGCCAUGACUGGACCUAAUGGUCAGGGGUCCCUUUACCUUUACCUACUGUUGCAUGCAUGUACUUUGGUAUAAACUUCAAAAAACAACAACAUUAACUUGGGGCAAAACUCCUGUUUUUAACCCUGUUUCCAGCCUCUUCCUGCUCCUCUAAUUGGAGCCUGCUGUUAUUUCUCUGCAUUAUAGGAAUUCAUUUUAAACCAGGACUGGAACGAUCCAAAAUCCCAGCUCCAGCAAUGCUGCUUAACUCUCCGAACAGAAGGGAAGGAGCCAGACAUCCCUCUCUAUAAGUAAGAAGCCUUUCUCCUUAUAACUUUGUGAGCCGAUCUCUCAUUUUCAGCUCCACACUUGGCGUUUAUUUUUGUCUCCAUAUCCGUAUGACUCGGAUUAAGCACCCUCUGCCUUUUGUUUAAAGAAGGGAUUAGUUUGCCGUUUCCCCUUUUCGAUCUCGAACUCAGCUUCAAGCGCCACAAAUGUAGUCACGAGAGCCGCUGCGUGUGGAAGAUGGGAUGGCUCUAAAUUCAGUGGAUGGGUGAUCAUUGGAUCCUCGCCGAUAAGUUCGCAUUCGCCCACCCACAAAGUAGUUUCAGUGCCUCCCUUCGCACGUCAGGGAGUGGGAACUGCUGCUUUAAGCAGACUCUGUAACUCCUGCAAGUGUAACUCUCCGGAGUCAUUUGGGAUUGGUAGCAGAGUUGCUGCUUGUCUUCAAAAAGCAUGAUGUUUGAUAGAGUGGGCAGACUUCAGGCUUGCAAGAUCUGCUUUGUUGGGUGUUGUUUUUUCUAACUCAGUCCCUGAGAUCCUCCAACUAGAAGUUUUGCAAAAGACAUUUGUUGUUGUUUAGUCAUGUCCAACUCUUCGUGACCCCAUGGACCAGAGCACGCCAGGCACUCCUGUCUUCCACUGCCUCCCGCAGUUUGGUCAGACUCAUGCUGGUAGCUUCGUGAACACUGUCCAACCAUCUCGUCCUCUGUCGUCCCCUUCUCCUUGUGCCUUCCAUCUUUCCCAACAUCAGGGUCUUCUCUUCUCAUGAGGUGGCCAAAGUAUUGGGGCCUCAGCUUCAGGAUCUGUCCUUCCAGUGAGCACUCAGGGCUGAUUUCCUUCGGAAUGGAGAGGUUUGAUCUUCUUGCAGUCCAUGGGACUCUCAAGAGUCUCCUCCAGCACCAUAAUUCAAAAGCAUCAAUUCCCUUAUGAAUACACAGUGGAAGUGAGGAAGAGGUUUAAGGAUUUAGACAUACACUUCAUAUUAAAGAAUUUGGAGCCCAGGAAUCUAGAGAUAGCAUAUGUGUGUGUGAGAGAGAAGGAGAUAAUUAUCAUAGAAUUGCAGAGUUGGAAGGGACCCUGCGAAUCAUCUAGUCCAGUGUUGGCCAAACUUGGCCCUCCAGCUGUUUUUGGACCACAACUCCCAUCAUCCCUAGCUAAGAGGACCAGUGGUCAGGGAUGAUGGGAAUUGUAGUCCCAAAACAGCUUGGCCAACACUGAUCUAGUCCAAUCCCCUGGAAUGCAGGAAUAUGCAGGAAUCGAACCUGCAACUUUGGCAUUAUCAGCGCCACACUCCAGCUUAAUGGAAGAAAGCACACAGGCCUUUCCAAAGAUCCACUCACGGCCACCUCAAUCUUUCUUCAUUUUGGCAGCUUAAUUUUGUGGGGUGCAAUGAGCUCUUUUGUUGCUGUUUGGCCGUUGGAAACGGCAGGGAUCUCCACAUCUACCUUCUGCCUGCUCCUGGGGCAGAGCGCCCGCUGCAAUGGGCAAGAGGAAUAUUCUGACGCAGGGCAAAGAGAGCCAGAGUGCAGCAGGUGUUCAUCUCUCGAUGGACUCAGGGAACAGCGAAGAGGCAGUGCGAACCCUCCCCUUUUCCUUCUCGUUCUCCGUUUCUGCCGUUCUUGAGCUGAAGCAGGAUGAGAAUGGAGACGCUCCUGUUUGGCUGGCGUGUGAUGCCAGAGCGUUUGCACAGAGGCAGGGAGGACGUGCUUGCCAGGGUGGGCCACUCAGUGACGCAUUGCAACGUGCAUAUCCCUCACAGAAGGAUCCCCACCAGAGAGGACCAGGGCAUCCAUUGUCGGUGAGCUUUAGCCUUCACGGGCUUUAGCCUUGACUUCUUCCUACAGAUGUGAAUGAUCUACAGUCCUUCACCAGGGGCCCAAAGCAGCCUUCCCAAAAUCUGGUGUCCUCCAGACAUUUUGGACCACAACCUCCAUUAGCUCCAGGCAGCAUGGACUGUAGUCAGAGAUGUAAUCAUUUACAGUGGUACCUCGGGUUACAGAUGCUUCAGGUUACAGACACUUCAGGUUACAGACUCCGCUAACCCAGAAAUAGUACCUCAGGUUAAGAACUUUGCUUCAGGAUGAGAACAGAAAUUGCGCGGUUGCGGCGUGGCAGCAGCGGGAGGCCCCAUUAGCUAAAGUGGUACCUCAGGUUAAGAACAGUUUCAGGUUAAGAACAGACCUCCGGAACAAAUUAAGUUCUUAACCUGAGGUACCACUGCAUAUCUGGGGAGCCCCAUCUUGGAGAAGGCUGCGGGGGGGGCGGAAGGAAGGGAGCCUUUAAGAACAGCACUAGAGUUUGCCCUAAACUGCUCUGAGCCCCUGGUGACUCCUGCCUGUGCUGGUUAAAAGAAUGGAUUACAUUGGAUAAUUCAGACAUCCUGGACCUAGAAGGCCACGAUUUAAAAUUUGGCUGGCAUGUAUGUCUACGGUAUGGGAAGGCGACAAUUUACAAAAGUUUUACAAACCAUAUUCUAAGGAAGAAUUUGUAUGGAGUUUGGGAGAAAUGUACAAAUCUGCUGGAAAGGAUGACACCUUUGUGGCUAUCUCCUAUUGAGGCUAUUACAAUAAAGGGAAAUAAUAAGGAUAGACAGUGGACAACUUACAGGGAAUUGCUAUACUUUACAGAGGGGGAACCUAAACUGGGAUUAAUGGAAAGUGUUACAUGAAAUGUUUAAAAUAAACAGGGAAACUGGUUUUUUUGGACCAAAGCUCACAAUUUGAAAAAGAACUCUUACAAAAUAAAGAAAAGCUUUUAUCUAAAAUGUUAUCAGAAUGGGAAACAAAAGACGAGCUUGUCAAAGUCUCCAUGACACGCUGGGCAAUAGAUAUAGGACACAAUAUAGAUUUUAAUCUCUGUGGGGGAAACGAUCUGAAAUUUUUACAUCAUGUUAUUCCUUGAAGGAGAACUACCUGAAAAUGAUUUACAGAUGGUCUCUAACUUCGAGUAGACUUGCUAAGAUGUAUAAGACUGAAUCAGAUAAGUGUUGGAGAUGCAAUGAGACUGGUGACUCCAUCUUUUGACGAUCCAUCCAUCCCGCCCUUUAAGUUGUACCAUUUUCUCCUGGACUCUGUUUCGUGGCCACAGGAAAGGGACAGAAAAUUGGGAUCUGGCACGGAUGGAAGGAUUAUUGCAAACUGUUUUAAAGUGUAGCUCAGUAAUGAAACUUUCACAUUCGAAUGGUCCAGCACCUCUCUUGCAACAGAUCGUCUUGUUUCGUGGCGGGCGGAAAGAAUGUAUAGAUCCAUAGGCAAUUUGGUAUGGGCUGUUUGGUUGACUUGAAGCCGCCAUUUGUUUAUUUCCGCUGUAAAGCGUUUCCUAAAUGUACCUUAACCGCUGAUACUGUGUAGAACCAAUACUCAGCGUGACAUUGGAGAUGGAUCGGAGGGGAAGACGGGAAAGAGAAGCAAAUUUAUCGUUUGUCUGAGAACUCGUGUCUCAUCUUAAAAUGGCUGCAGAUUUAUAUCAAACUCUUCGUCCAAAGGGAAAGCUGCCUGGUUAGUAGUGACAGAUCCUGCAACUUUCCGUUACUGAUGGGGCAAUUUGCAGUAGUUGCCAUUUAGAGCGACAGCAUUUGUCACAGUACCUUAUAUUUCUAUCCCGAAGAUCUGAAUUUGCCAAAAAGUGUAAAUGCCUAUAAUUCUACACCAAGCGUACAUAAAUACUUCACUUUAAAGCAAUGACGUGUUUGCAGUGCCUUGUAAAGUAAUCCAUAAAGUGCUGUUUGUCUGCAAUCCCGUGAUUAAUCUUUGCAGACAGGGGGGCAUUUCUGUUAAGAGGCCUUAGUAAGUCCUGCUUUCAAAAGUGUGACUUUUUUUGUGUGUUACUGUCUUUCCUGGGACUUAGGACUCUGCAAACAGUCGGACCCUCUCAUGCCAGGACAUACACCGUAGCUGUUUAUUUUAAAGGCGAAAGAAUAGGAUGCGGUAAAGGACCAAGGUAUGGUAAAUUUUUGAAUACACGUUUAUUUAAACAGGUGUUUGAGAGCUACGGGAAAUCCCUUGGCGAUUUAGAUGGUGCUCCUUAAGAAAGCGAAUGCUAGAAUUCCCACUACUCCCAUUUAAGUCUGUAUCUGGCCAAAAUAAGAUGUUGCAGAGAGCCUCUAUAGCUCCAUGGCUAGAGUGCCAGGGACAGAAGGCCUGCGUUCGAAUUCUAGUUCAGCCAUGGCCUUUCUGAGCAGCCUUCAGACAGAUUAGUCUCUCCCAGCCGGCAUUUCCAUUAAUGGAAGAACAGCAACACACUUUGUAGGUUUGUAUUGAAGAUGAAUGAGAAAAGCAUCUUAGGGACUGCACAGCGAGGGUGCCAGCUGCAUGAUAAAUAAUAUUUAAAGAGUUUCUCCUUCUCCAUUGAUCACCUCCUUGUCCAGACUGCACUGAUUCUAAGAAUAAGAUAAAAAUAAUUCCUAAUAAAAUAUUAGCGGGAAAGUGUUCUAUUUGCUGUAAUAUCGCCAUCCAUUUUUCUAGAGCUGUAGAGUUUGCCUGUUGGUUGGUCGGUCGGUUUUAAAUUUAAUAUUUUCAUUAAAACAAUUCGCCGAAGAAUUAUGAAAGGGGAAGAUCUUAGUAGUAUUGAUCUGAAGUUUUAAAAACAACUCGCUGGAACGGGUUUGUGUGUGUGCCUGUGCAUGAAGGGUUUUUAUGGGAACAAGUGCCCAAUGAUUAUUUGAAGAAUUAGUCUCAGCAGAGCCAUCAGAGUGGUUGCUUCUCGGAAGCUGUAGUUUACCCCAUAAAUACAUUUGCCAUGAUUUCUCCCCCUUUCCUUUCUUUUCUUUUCUUUUUUUAAAACAGCAUUCAGCAAGCAGAGAUGUGCGCAGCAAUGGAUGCCUUGGAAAAAUGUAAGAGGCUUUCUUGGGUUAUUUUGUUCUGGGGGUUGGGACAGGGGAUGUGCAAGCAUUACCUAUGGUAGAGAGAGAGAGAGAGAGAGAGAGAGAGAGAGAGAGAGAGUGUACACAUAAAACAAGCAAAUGGCAGUCAGCACCAGCAUCCCCAUCCACCUUCCCCCUCCAUUUUAGACGAUUUUGAAUUGAAAAUUUGCUUACAUAACACACACAUUUGGAUUAAAUAAAAAAUGUUCCCCUCCCCAGUGAGGCAGAGCCAUUACACAAGCUUCCUGGCAAGUGGGUCUCAACAAGCCAGCCGUGGAAAUAUUAUUAUUAUUAUUAUUAGUAUUCUUUUAAUGGCCGGGGCUUUUAAAUCGCUCUAUCAUUAGACCACAGUGACAAGGUUUUCUGGGCUAGAAGCAGAUACGGCUAUGUGGCACCCUGUGAAAUGAGAGAUCGCAUUUCCAGGUAGAGAAUAAACCAGACUCUGUUAUGACCCAACUCGGAUAGCCAAGAAAGCAUUGCAAUCUGUCCCCCCCCCCCCCCAAAGAAAAAAAACCCAGAGUCCUUUCAGUUGGGAAUAAUUCAGACUGAAAUUCUCAGGUGUCAAAGAAAGGUUAUAUAUGCCACUACUGCGGCCCGUGUUUUGUUAGCACAAAAAUGGAAAACGAGCUAAGUCCCAACCAAAGAAGAAUGGCAACUUAAGUUGACAGAAUACGCACAGCUUGCAGACUUAACAUAUAGAAUAAGAGGACAAGAAGAGCAUACGUUUAGAGAAGAUUGGAAAAUGUUUAUUGGACAUACGGGAAAUAAGUGCGUACAGCUGAAAACGCUGGCAGCAUUAGGAUAAAUUCAACAGUGUAAAUAAAUCUUGAUGGAUGUAAUAAUGGAAUAUCGUUUUUGUAAAAUAUGCAGGGAUUUAUGAUAUGCAAAAUGAACCAUGCAAAGAGAAGAAGGAAAGUCAUUGAUAUUGUAAGGAUGUAAACAUGAGUACUUUAAAUUAUAAAACAGAAAAUUUAAUAAGAUAGAUAGAGAGAUGAUAGAUAGCAUUGCAAUCCGUAAAUCAGUUCUGCUUUUUUAAUAUGCACCCCGGAGAGUCCAGAUGUUCAAAUACCCUGUUCCUUUACCUGGUCAAUUAGACAAGAAUAAAUGAUAGGACAUAAGAAGAGCCUUCUGGAUCAGGCCAGUGGCCCCUCCAUCUAGUCCAGCAUCUUGUUCUCACAGUGGCCAACCAGAUACGUCUAGAUGUGUCCAAAAACAGGACCCAAGUGCAAAAGCAAUCUGACCACUUGUGAUUACCAGCAGCUGAUGUGCAGAGGCAGACUGCCUUGAACAGUAAGGUAGAAGGUAAAGGACCCCUGGGCAGUUAAGUUCAGUCAAAGGCAACUAUGGGGUUGCGACACCCAUCUCGCUUUCAGGCCGAGGGAGCCAGCGUUUGUCCACAGACAGCUUUCCUGCUCAUGUGGCCAGCAUGACUAAACUUCUUCAGGCGCAACAGAACACCAUGACGGAAACCAGAGCGCAUGGAAACGCCAUUUACCUUCCCGCCACAGUGGUACCUGUUUAUCUACUUGCACUGGUGUGCUUUUGAACUGCUAGGUUGGCAGGAGCUGGGACAGAGCAAUGGGAGCUCACCCCAUUGUGCAGAUUCGAAACUCCAGCCUUCUGAUCGGCAAGCCCAAGAGGCUCAGUGGUUUAGACCAUAGCGCCACCCGUGUCCCUUGGACAUUAGAGACGUAUCACAGCUACCGGAGCAAGUAUUUUCACCCUCCAUUAAUUUGUCUAGUCCUCUUUUAAGGCUACCACAAGUUUGCAGCCGUCGCUUCUUGAGGGAGCAAAAUCCAUUGUUUCACUAUGCACUUUGCGAAGAUGGUGACAGCAGCCACGAAAUUAAAAGACGGCUGCUUCUUGGGAGAAAAGCAAUGACAAACCUAGACAGCAUCUUAAAAAGCAGAGACAUCACCUUGCCAACAAAGCUCCGUAUAGUUAAAGCCAUGGUUUUCCCAGUAGUGAUGUAUGGAAGUGAGAGCUGGACCAUAAAGAAGGCUGAUCGCCAAAGAAUUGAUGCUUUUGAAUUAUGGUGGUGGAGGAGACUCUUGAGAGUCCCAUGGACUGCAAGAACAUCAAACCUCUCCAUUCUGAAGGAAAUCAGCCCUGAGUGCUCACUGGAAGGACAGAUCCUGAAGCUGAGGCUCCAGUACUUUGGCCACCUCAUGAGAAGAGAAGACUCCCUGGAAAAGACCCUGAUGUUGGGAAAGAUGGAGGGCACAAGGAGAAGGGACGACAGAGGACGAGAUGGUUGGACAGUGGUCUCGAAGCUACUAGCAUGAGUGUGACUAAACUGCGGGAGGCAGUGGAAGACAGAAGUGCCUGGUGUGCUCUGGUCCAUGGGGUCACGAAGAGUCGGACACCACUAAACGACUAAACAACAACUUUCUUUUGCUUGUCCUGAAUUGUCUAAUGUCAAGCUUCACCCGAUGAUGCCCAAGUUCUAGUGUUAGGAGAGAGAGAAGGAAACACUUCUCCCAAAGUACGCCACGCAAAAAACUGCACUCUGUCUUCCGUGCCUCCUUUUGCCUGCCUUUCCUCUAAACUGAAAAGCCGCAAUUGCUGUAACCUUUCAUCAUGGAGGAGUUGCUCCAGACCCUUGAUCAUCUUGUUUGCCCUUUCCCAAACCUUUCCCAAUAUCCUUUUUGAGGUGAGGUGACCAGAACGGUACUCAUUAUUCCAGAUGUGGUCACACCAUGGAGUUGUAUAAUAGUGUUAAGAAACUUGGAGGGAAAUGCCUUAUCAGCAGUGUAAAACAUCCUCCCAUCAGAUGUCAAGGGGAUAAAGAACCAUACGUAUAAAUUAUUAUUAUUAUUAUUAUUAUUAUUAUUAUUAUUAUUAUUAUUAUUAUUAUACAACUUUUAGAAGACAUCUGAAAGCAGCCCUGUAUCGGGAUGCUUUUAAUGUUUGAUGUUUUUAUUAUGUUUUUAUGUGUGUUGGAAGCUGCCCAGUGUGGCUGGGGCAACCCAGUCAGAUGGGUGGGAUAAUAAUAAUAAUAAUAAUAAUAAUAAUAAUAAUAGUAAUAUCAUAAUCAUCUAGGGUAUUCAGAAACCUAUAAUUAAACAUAUAGGAAGUCUGUGCAGGUCAUUUUUAUUUUUCAAAAUGCAGUGAUGGUCCUUCUUUCCCUCUCUGAUAUGGACAUAAGUUGGAAGGUUAUUUGUGGUAAGGGGACCUCAGGUCAUGUAGUUUCUGAGCGCAUUGCGCUUUACACUCUUGGCCUUAAACAAAUGUGGUGUCAGUUGCGUAGGCUCAAGGAGAGAUGUGGCAGUAAGCAAGUAAGCGCAAAACUGGCCCUCAAGUGUUUGCUUUGAGCAUAUUAGCUCAAGGUAAAGCGAUUUAGCGUGCAGUUUCAGCCUUGAAAAUUCAGCAAAGUGAUGGCAGGUUUUCCAUUCUGUGUUCCUUUAUGUGUCUAGCCCUCUCCCCCUUUGUAAGCAUAAUCCCUCCAAAAAGUCACAAUAUUUCAGGCCUAGUUGGCAGUGAGUCGGUCAAGUGAAGUGCUGAGCUCUCUGGCCUUGGUCCAGCGAAGCACUUAAGCCCAUGCUUAAAUUCAGGCACACGAGUCAUUCCACUGACAUUCAUGAUCUAGGCAUUGUGAUUAAAAUAAAGUCGGCGCUUUGCUAGAUGGGAGCCAGAGCGCUCACCUUGCAGGAUUGAUUGCAAAACCCGCAAGCUGCUGCCAAACAGGGACUUAAAUCUUUGUGCUACAACCCCAGAUAACUCUUAAUCUCGUUGAAAUCUCUGGCAAAAGUCGCCGUACUUUUAUCUAUCAAGAGUUGAGCUCAUCUGCUUACAUCAGCCAAACAGUCGGUAGCCUUCAGUCGCUGUCUUGGAAGAAUUAAUAUCAUUUUUUUAAACAGGUGCAUUUAAAAUGUGCGCUUUUGAGAGAGGUCCAUUUUUACGGUAUGAUUUCUUUCCAUUAUUUCCUUUUGUGUACGAAUACGGAGCACCAAUGUGGCAUGUGAAGUCUCACCUCUCUGCCCCACAUGCAAGAUUUUCACCUUCUGUACUCCCCUGAGUUAAUAUGAGAGCCUCCGAAAUAUGGAAAGGAAAACGACGAAAUAGCAGAAGGCGCAGUCUCUACCCCACAAGAACUUCCGUCUAAAGCCAUCAGAGGUUCUUAAACCCGCCAUGUGUGUCAGGGCGACUCAGAUCUUACGAGGACAAGGGCUUUCAAGCGAUUCUGGGGAAAACACAAGCGGGAGACUUCACCGAACUUUUGCCGUCCAUAAGUGGCACUUAGUUUGGUACAUCAGAUCUGCAAGAAGAGUACAAAAGGACCACACUUUGCACAGGAGUGCCUUUGCGGUACCAGAGACUUAGCGGCUGGCGGCAUCUUCCAAUCUUUUGAGGAGAGAGACCCGGAGAAGGGGAGGGAGAGAGAAUGGAAUCGCUUCUGCAAGAGGAGGUUGUUUGUUUAUGGAGACGGCCUUGGGUUCAGAAGUGGCUGAGCCCUUCAUUCAAGCCUCCUCCUCAGCCUCUUGCAUCAGCUGUGUUUCCUAUAAUGUCCCCGAAAGCCUCAUCUUCCCAAGGACACCAGCUGUUUCUGCGUCAGCACUAGCAAGUCAAUCACAAAGAGCAAUUUCUCAUCUGGCACCACAUCCGACGGAGGCGACGCUUUCGCCGGCGACCUUCCACCUGGCAUCGCCACUAUGGAUGAUGUGUUUGUCUACCUUAUUCUGCACCGCUCUUGCCGAGCAGUAUAUAUUAACUCCUGUUGGCUUCUCAAUUGUAUAUAUUGGUUUUUAAGAGCUGAACAGCUUUUUCCCCCCGUCCCUCCCUGAUGCCCAUUAUGGUGGUAAUGGGGGAGAUUAUCUUGAUUAGCACCAGAUGGAGCCCUUCUUGUCCUUGAUGAAAAAUGAUAUCUUCCCAAAGUACGGAGACUUUUCCAGCAUAGUUCACUGAUGUGUUACAAAUUUUCCAUAAGGAUACUCCAUUCUGCCCCCCCUCCCCCCCCCCGGCUAAAAUGUUUCAUGUUAGAGGCUCGCAAAUUGCUCAAUAAGUACAUUUGGGUAGGAUCUUCAAAUGGAGGAAUAAAUAGCCAGAUUCAAAUUGUUGAUAUAUACAUAAAUAUACAGACACACAUACACAACCAUUGCUAUUGGGUAACAUGAUUUCCCACUCACCCAUUGUUUGACUUGGAAAGAUCCUGGAGGCAGCUUUCAUUAUAAUAAUAAUAAAUUUUAUUUAUACCCCGCCUUCCCCAGCCAAGACUGAGCUCAUGGCUGCUAACACCAGGUAUCAAAACAAUUGAUUAAAAUACAACUUAAAAAACAAGAUUAAAAUACAGCACUAAAAUAAUCAAGUUGGCUCUGCUUUUGUCUCCAGGGUGUAGCAUUGCUCUGAAGUAGCAUCACCUAGGUUGAAGCUACACAUAUAUACAAAAGCUGUGAAAAUGUUUAAAAAAAAAUUAAAAUCUAUAUAUGGAAUUUGCCAUUAGCUCACCAGCGCCAUCUAGGGUCACAUGUGUAUAAUUGCAGCUGUACGGUAAAGGUAAAGGACCCCUGGAUGGUUAAGUCCAGUCAAAGGUGGCUAUGGGGUUGCGGCGCUCAUCUCGCUUCGAGGCUGAGGGGGCCGGCAUUUGUCCAUAGACAGCUUUCUGGGUCAUGUGGCCAGUAUGACUUAACCGCUUCUGGUGCAACGGGACACCAUGAUGGAAUCCAGAGCGCACGGAAAUGCUGUUUACCUUCCCACCACAGCGGUAUCUAUUUAUCUACUUGCACUGGUGUGCUUUUCAACUGCUAGGUUGGCCAGAGCUGGGACAGAACAACAAUUCGUGGGAGUUCGAAUCACCAACCUUCUGAUCAACAAGCCCAAGAGGCUCUGUGGUUUAGACCACAGCGCUGCCCGCUGAGUCCCUAGGCAAAGUCCUGUGUUUGUUAAGUCACUGGCUCCCAGCCAUUUUGACACAGCCAGCACACAUCUUUUAAUUUUUUUUAUAUAUGGAUGUUUUAUGAUGGCCUUUACAGUCGUAAUGGGAUGCGGGUGGCGCUGUGGGUUAAACCACAGAGCCCAGGACUUGCUGAUCAGAAGGUCGGUGGUUCAAAUCCCCGCGACGGGGUGAGCUCCCGUUGCUCGGUCCCUGCUCCUGCCAACCUAGCAGUUCGAAAGCAUGUCAAAGUGCAAGUAGAUAAAUAGGUACCACUCCGGCGGGAAGGCAAACAGCGUUUCCGUUUGCUGCUCUGGUUCACUGGAAGCGGUUUAGUCAUGCUUGCCACAUGACCCGGAAACUGUCUGCGGACAAAUGCUGGCUCCCUCGGCCUAUAGAGCAAGAUAAUAAUAAUAAUAAUAAUCUAUUAUUUGUACCCCGCCCAUCUGGCUGGGUUUCUCCAGCCACUCUGGGCGGCUUCCAACAAAGAUGAAAAAUACACUAAAAUGUCACAUAUUAAAAACUUCCCUGAACAGGGCUGCCUUCAGAUGUCUUCUGAAUGUCAGGUAGUUGUUUAUCGCUUUGACAUCUGAUGGGAGGGCGUUCCACAGGGCGGGCGCCACUACCGAGAAGGCCCUCUGCCUGGUUCCCUGUAACUUGGCCUCUUGCAGUGAGGGAACCGCCAGAAGGUCCUCGGAGCUGGGCGGAGAUGAGCGCCGCAACCCCAGAUUCGGUCACGACUGGACCUAAUGGUCAGGGGUCCCUUUACUUUUACCUUUUUUUUAUACAGUCGUAACUUGGUUUUCAAACAGCUUAGUUCUCGAAUGUUUUGGCGCCUGAACACCGCAAACCCAGGAGUGUUCCGGUUUGCAAACUAUUUUUGGAAGCCGAACAUUCAGCGGGGACUCUGCGGCUUCCAAUUGGCUGCAGCCAAUCAGAAGCCACGCUUUGGUUUUUGAACGUUUUGGAAGUCGAACGGACUUCUGGAACGGAUUCCAUUCGACUUCCAAGGUAUUUGUAAUGCUUAAUAAAGGUUUGGCAAAGUACAAUUUGGGGGACGUUUUGGCUGGGGACAAUGCUCUUUUCAUUCAUGAAACUCUCUGGGAAGCCUUGGGUGAAGUCUCCUAUUUCCGCACCCUGACAGAAAUUUUGACCGUGAGUGUGAUAGGUAAAUGUAUUACAUGACUGUAGCUGGAAAUGUUCCUUAUCCUGCCUGGUGUAAUAGAAUAAUGAACACUCGGAAUGCCUGGCCUUUAUUUUAACGCAUGAAACAUUUCUUCUUGCCUCAGAUAACUUUCCUCAGAUGGCCCAUCAGAAACGAUUCAUUGAGCGGAAGUACAGACAAGAGCUUAAAGAAAUGAGAUGGGAACGAGAGCAUCAGGAAAGAGAGCUGGAGGAAGCGGACGACAUCCGGAAAUAAGUACAGGCCAUGGAAGCAAACGGUGGAUUUGCCUGCUUAAUAACUUUGAUGUGGGCCUGUGGAGACAUAGCCUAGUUUUGCGUAAAGGAUGAACGAAGUCUGCUCAUUAAAUCAUGUUUCAUGUUAAUUGUUACUUUUUACAUGAAAAAAGAAGAAUGUGUUUUAUUCCAUUUUUAGCUAGUAAAGUUUUAUUCACGAGGCUUGACGAAACAAUUUCUUUUAACAUUCUUUCUGAAGAAUUGUGCUUUUUUAUUUUCCAUCUUGAGUUUGCGGAAUAAUAAAGUGUUUUAUUUCAAAACGGGUAACCGUC